AUGGCCAACGAGUCGCUUCAGGUAAAAAGGAAAACAAACCCCCAGCCGAGUCCUCGCUUUUCCUGCGCGGGGUGGCGCGCAGCCUGAGGAGGGUUCGGUGGUUGGGGUGCUGGGGGGAAAGAGAGAGCGAGGCGCCGGUCUCUGCGCGCCUCGGGAGUGCAGCUGAGGAGGGGCUGCGCGAGCUCCCCCACCUCCUGCUCGCUUCUCUUUCCCCCCAUCGCGGUCCAGAUGGUGGCGAGAGUCGAAGCUGCCGCCUGUGCUCCCGAGGCCGGAUCCCGGCGCUGGUUUGGCUAACCAAAAGCGGGGCGGCGGAGUGGGGAAGGACUCAGAUGAGCCAUGCUUCCUUAGAUAUGGGUCGGAUGGGUUUGAACCUCGACAGAGCCGGUUUCUGAUUCCUGGUUAGCCACCAACUUGUAGGGUGGACUUGGGCAAGUCGCCGUAUCUCUCUCAUCAGUUCUGUUUUUUUAAAAAGAAAGUAAUAACUUGGGAUACUUCAUGAUCACGUGGUUUUGGCCACCGACAGCGAAGCUCUUGCGCAUGAAGUACUGUACUACUAAACAUUUAAAUAACAAUGAAUCUUUUCAUCUUUUCGGUGUGGAUGGGGAAACCAAUCCAGGACUUUAAUGUGCUCUUCUUCUGCAUCCUGUCACUCAUCAAUUUAAGUCUCUCAAGAUGCCCGAUGUGUAAACCACUGGGUUAGAUAGGCUUUAUUUCUUGGGUGCAGUGUGUGUGUGUGUGUCUCUUUCCAUUUAUUUAACCUAGUCCCUCUUAUGAGCCUGCCUUCAAAAUUGGGAACCAUGGCCCCUUCUUGCUGGUGAUCCCAGUGUGCUGAAAGGGAUUGCCUCCUAGUUGUGAACCUUCAAAAAGACCUUUCUUCCAGGUCAUUCUAGAAAUCUUGGACCCUUCCAGGUCUUUCAGAAGUUGUUUAAACUUGGCAUUGAGGUGGCCAAGUUUGCUGGUGAUAGUAAAUCAUUCAGCGUUGUCAUAACAAAAAGAGAUUGUGAAGAGCUCCGAAAUGACCUUUCCAAAACCAAAAGAAUAGGCAGUAAUAUGGCAAAUGCAAUUCAGUGUAAAUAAGUGUAAAGCAAUACAUGUCAGAGCAAAAUAAACAAACAAACAAAUCCUUAAUUUCACAAAUAUGCUCAUGUGGUAUGUACUGAUGGUGACUAACCAGGAACAAGAUGUUGGGGUUGUAUUGUAGUUCAUUGUACAUGUCCACCCGACGUGUGGCAGCUAUGAAAAAAGGCAAAUUUCAUGUUAGGGAUCAUUAGGGAAAGGAAUGGAAAAUAAACCUGCAGGUGUCCCAAUGUCAUUAUAGAAAUCUGUGCUUUGGCCACAUUUGGAAUGCUGUGUAUAAUUCUGGUUGCCUCAAAAAAGAUAUUUUAGAGUUGGGAAAAUGGUUCAAAAAAGGGGAACCAAAAUGAUAAAGGGGAUGGAAUGCCUGUCCUAUUAGGAAAGGUUGUAGUGUUUGGGACUUAUUAGUUUGGAGAAAAGGUCACAUGAUAGAAGUUUAUGCAAUUAUGCCUAUUGUGCAGAAAGUGGUUAGGGAAAAGUUUUUCUCCCUCUCUCCUAACACUAGAACUUAUGGCCAUCCAGUGGAGCUGAAUGUUGGAAGAUUCAGGACAGAUAACAGAAAAUACUUUUUCGUGCAGCACAUUAUUAAACUAUGGAAUUCUCUCCCAUAAGAUUUAGUGAAGGCCACCAACUUGGAUGGCUUUUAAAAAGGAUUGAACACGUGCAUUGAAGAGAAGACUAUCAGUGGCUGUUACCUAUCAUGGUUUGGUUCUGCCUUCAUGGUCGGACGCAAUACUGCAGCCUUUCUCAACCUGUGGGUCCCCAGAUGAUGUUGAACUACAACUCCCAUCACCCCUAGCUAGCAAGGCCAGAGCUCAGGGAUGAUGGGAGUUGUAGUCCAACAGCAUCUGGAGUCCCGCAGGUUGAGAACCGCUGCAAUAAUGCUUCUGAAUACCAGGUGCUGGAAACUCCUGUGGGGGGGGCACAGUCACAGGGCUCUUAUGCUCAGGUCUUGCUUGUGGGUUUCUGACAGGCAUAUGGUUGGCCACUGUGAGAACAGAAUUCUAGGCUAGAUGGGCCAUUGAUUCUUAGCCUGUGCUAGCUAGGUUGUGUCCAAGAACCUUUACACGUCUGUCUCUCUCACAUUUUGUGGUUGUUGGCCUUGGUGCCAGCUUCUUUCCCUGUUACCUCACUUGUCUGUUUGGAUUUAUUGUUUCUGUCUGUGUGCCCAUGGGAGCCCUCUUCAGAUGAGAGUUUUACAAUCAUAAAGAAAUGCCGAAGUGAGACUUUUAAUCAGGGAGGCAUGCAGCAGAGCUCUGUGGGAGGAAGCACUUUGCUUAAAGGGAAUUCUGCUUGCCAGGCAAGCGUCCUUUGGGGCUUUGUGAUCCUGUGUUGAAUCCAUGGAAUUGAGCCUGCCAAGGAGUUCCAGGGGACUCUGCCUGUGAGGCUCCUUGUUGACUGGUAUGUUGAAGGGCUUUCUGGAACUGCAGGCUGGAGACCCUGUUCCCUGGCAGAGAUUGUCUGGCAAUAGGUUGUUUUGGAAAUAAAGGCAUUUGCAACCUUUCUCUUUAAAGUAAAUUGCAAGAUAAGGAGGACUCUGGCCAAUAUAUGAUUUUGCUGCUUGUUUGUUUAAAUGAUCAUUGCCAGCUUAAAAGAUCAAUGCACUAAAACCAUUCCUCCUUGCCUGUACAGCUAACAACUUUUCAAUUAUUAAAGAUACAGUGCUGAUAACAAAAUCCAUUACUGUCAGCCCCCUUACCUUGCACUGUCAACAAAGUCCAUUGAGCUAAAAGGGAUAAAAAGAUCAGAUUAAGCUUUUGCUCUGACAUUGCAUUUUGUAUUUUGUUCAGCUUGGACACUUGAAAUGAAGAACAAACAAUUAUUAUUUUUUUCUCUCAGGUAGCACAUUUCAAUAGGUCACAGGGCAGAGUGAGUUCUUGCAGGUGACAAACGGUAGCGAAACAGCAAUAAAAGUGUUGAGAUAUAAGAUGAUUUUCAGUCCCUUAAAAUGUUGCACCCGUGCAAAAGGACAUGUGAGAAUAUACUCAGUUGAUGGCAAAACUGGAUGCAUGUAACAGUUGCUGUUUCUUAAAAUGAAAAGCAGCUUCAAAGUGCUGUAACUGGGGGUUGGGGAAAUGGGAGGAGACUAGAAAGGGGAAGGGGCUGCUUAAACAUUUUAGUCUGUGGGCAAAAGAGUCAGCUGUGAAAGUUAAAUACCCUCUCUCCCUUUCUGCCCCUCUCCCAUCCACUCCCAGUUGUGGUACCCUUGGAUUGCUUUUCACUUUACCAUGUCAGGAAAAUUGUUCAUAUGUACAUCUAGUUUUGCCUGCAGCCUUUAAAUGAGUUAAGGUAGAAGGCAUCCCAGAUUUCCACUUUACAACAUGAUGGAAGUAUCUUUCAUAUUUGUGAUUUUUCAAAAAGUUUUAACUCAUGCUACAGUUUGGAUGUACAGAUUUGGAUGUAAUACAUUUUCACUUAUGAAUCUAACUUUCGCAACUAAAAAUAAUGUAUAACAUCUUUCAGCUAGAAAACCUGACUUCCUUCUAUAUCGUCUGUGAGCAUAUUUAUGCACACUGUGAAGCAUUGUGGAUAAGACAUUGCUUAAAUUCCGGGUCAAAUGUCAGCUCUUCUGCAGAUUCAAAUCUUAGCUCUUUGGUCUUCCAUAAUGUACUGUUCAGUAACAAAUCCCAGGCUUAGAGUGAAACAUGAAAGUUUAGGGGAUUUAAAGGGUUUUUGUGUGUUUUUUGGCAACAGUUUGAAAUUGUUUAAUUUUAUUUAUAGAAUUCAGUGUUUCAGAUGCUUGAAGGCUGGUUGGUGAGAUGGCAGGCUAUAGUUUAAUAACCAGACUACAUUGCUAUGCAUACAUGGGAUUAAUGCUGCAGUGCAUGUGUACUUUACCUACCUACCUACAUAAUUUAAUUUGUAUAACACCUUUCCACAGUUCAAUCCAUGAUCAAGGUGGCUUACAACAUGAAAGAAUACAUAACUCCGACAUAACAAAAAUAAUAAUAAACAACAAAUAAAACAUUAAAAAACAACAACACACCCCACAACUAAACUGAACAAUUGCUACAUAAAUCACGAGAGGAUCUAUAAUAAAGAUACAAAGAACCAGUCGCAACAACCCCCAAACAACAUCCCAGCCCAACAGUCUGUUCAGCAGCCUCAGCUUUUGUACCUAGGAGUAUGGCCCCACUGAACACAGACGGCCUUGUUUCUAAGAAACAUGGAUAGGAUAUCACAAACCGGAAAGCAAAACUGAGAAACAAAAUGAUAACUGAUCUUUCUGAAACUGACUGAUUUUUCAAGAAGAGAGGUAAAAAUCAAAAAGCAGAAAGUAGCUGGGAGCCUUUAAAAGCUAUUUCAGGAUUUUGAGCGUGCAAGUGCUUAUGCACUCUCUUAUUUUGCCCAUUUGAGGAAGUUCUGCGGACUGAGGCCAUCAUGUGAGUUGAACAUGGCUUAAUACACAUGGGACUUCUAAGAUAUCGGGCUUGAACUAGUGCUAUAUAUGUUAGAGGCAGGGUCAGGGUGGUGGAGGAGAUAAAAAGUACGAGUUGAUUUAAUAAGACGAGAAUCUGAACUGUGCUGACUAUCCUUGAAACUCCCCCAAAUCCUAUCAGAACAGGUUGAGGAGAUUAGUUACAGAAACAAACUGGGAAUCUUUUAUGCAAGCUUGUUUCCAUGUUGCCUUUUUAAAAAGUUAGUGUGACACUAAUUGUUUGGAUUGCAAUGUAAAUUUUAAGCUUGAUGUAGAGUCCUUGGGAGCCUGGGAAAGAGUGAAUUAUCUGUUCAUUUUUCACUCUGUUUUGAGAGCAGGGGGUGGGGAGGGACUGCAUUCCUAAUCUAAUAGGGUCUGGGGAGUGUCAUAAUGCUUAGCAUUUAUACAGUACUUUAAAAGUGUUCAAAGUGCUUCACAUGCUUUGUCAAUAAUCCUUAGCUUGCAGAAGGGGAUGGGGGAACUUAUGACUCAGUGCAGAACAGCCUAUCUGCUGAAUUCAUGGCUAAGGAAAGGUUGGAACAGGAGCAGUUUGCACUGCUAGCCACUAUGCUAUGCCAGCUGUCAGAUAUAAUGAAACACUGCAUGGAUUUGUAUGUCCUUCUUCUGCACGGGUAUGCCAAUCUUCUCUGCGGUGUUCUAGCUUCAGCAUAUGUGCUAAAACAGGAAAGCAUGCGUCAGUGGGCAGAAUUGUGUGUGGAGGACUUAUGUACCAGUGUGCCUCCAUUAGGAAGUCCCCAGUUUAUUUCAGAGGCAAACCUGACUCAAAGUACACGGACACCUGUGCAAGCACACAUUCUUCAUCCCUAAAACUGCAGUCUGAAUAGAUAUGUAUUUACAUCAUUUGACAAAUGAGCUACCAGAAUGAGCGGGGAAUGGAAGGAGGAUAAUUUCCCUCAGAUGUACCUUCUGCUGGUGUCUUUAGGCCAAUUUACAAUAGCUAAGCCAACUAUGAUUUUGUUUCUUUGGGUGUGGGUAUAUCAGUGUUCUCUUUGUCAUAUACAUGUGCAGACAUACGGUAAAUUAUCUCUCCUUUAAAACUGACAUAAAUCAGAGUAACUUAGCUAGAGAUUACACCCUAAAUUGGAGUACCUUCUGUAUGAAUCUUAGACUUCUCAUUCUUGUUUGAGGAGGAUACUUGGGACUCUUGAUUAUAAAAGGCACUGUCGAUACCCACAAUUUCUUGGAAAACAUACCUUUACCUUCACCAACUCAUGAUGAGAAAACCUUCUUAGAUAGCCCCAUCUCCCUAGAAGAAAUUGACAAUGUUCUUUAAAAAUUGAAACCGCAUAAAGCCCCUGGACCUGAUGACUUUGCUGUCUGAGUUUUAUAAACAAUUCAAAGAAACAUUAUUAUCAUUCGGUAUAUGGCCCGGCUAUUUAAUGACCUAAUGAGAGUAGCAUUCCUCCCCAAGUUACAAUCUUGGCACCACUCCAAGUAAUUAUCCCAAAACUAUUUAAAGACCACCAAAAGGUAGAAUAUUUUUGGCCAAUCUCUCUUAUUAAUCAGUGUUACAUGUCAGUGCUAGUCAACAGGAUUCAGAUAUUUUUACACAAACUAAUAGCCCCAGUCCAAGCUGGUUUUGUCCUCCAUCGAAACACCACUGAACCUAUCAGAAAACUUUAAAACAUAAUCAUACAUAGUAAAUAGACAACCUUCUCAACCUCCCAGUGGUCAUGGCCUUUGGCAUUCUGAAGGCCUUGGACUGCCUAGAGUGGGACCACUUGCUGGCAGUCCUGUCUUAUCUGGAUGAUCUAAAUUUAAAUUUAAACAUAAAUUAUUAUCUUCACUUUGAACCCCACUCCCAAAUUCCACUCCAAAUUAUUCAGUAUACCAACACUUUAUAUUAUUUCAUUGGUAACAUAAAAUAGGAAAAGGACUAUUACUCAUACUAAAUCUAAGUGCAACCACAGGGGCUCCUGUCUAGCUAGCUAUGUGAUGUUGAAUGUUAUCUGUUAACUUUUCUAUCCUGUUUCACAAUUGUUUUCGUGUGAACCAAUUCACAAACCAAGAACUUCUACGCUGAUAUCUAAUAAUGCACCACAUGUUGUAAACGCUACUGCAAAUUUAUCUUGCUGUUUUUGUCAUAUACAAGUGACAUGAGAAGACUUGGUCUAUUUAUUUGUAUCUAUUAUCAUUCUAGUUUAUUAUCCUUGUUUAUAAAACCCAGUCAAAAGUUCUUCUAAAAACAAAAGGCACUGUUUGCUGGUUGAUAUUGGAGCGUUGUUUGUGAUAUCAGAGAGAGGAAAGUACUGCGAGUGACCACAGAAGCAUUGCUUUAGAAAAACCAUACAGUGUUGCAGAAUGCAAUGCUGUACAGAAUGUUCCUAGAGGUAGAGCUACUAAGCUUGAGUGCAUUUGCUUAAUGGAAGUGCAGUCAGGUGCAUACGUAUGGCCUUUCUUUGGUGUACUCCGUGUUUGGUUUGUUGUAUCAAUAAACUUACACAAAGCUGUGCGUGUGUAUUUUUCUUCCACCCUCAGCCAAAUUGCAUUAAUGGCACUGCUCUUCUUUUGAGUCCCUCCUGGUGUGGAUGGAAACGGAAAAGCUACUCUGUCCAGCAGGUACAUGUUGCUACAUAAUGUUCAAGCAUGUACCUAAGCUUCAUGUUGCAACAGAAGUAGGAAAUGUGACCUCUAAGCUGCUGUACCUUAUGCAGUGCAGCUGCUGGGCAGCCAGGUGGAUUUACAGUAUGCUUCAGAGGAGUAGUUUUGUGUUCUUCCCGAGCUUAUGCUUUUGCCAGUGUUGUUGCUAAUUAAUUCACUAAUACAGCCAGAAUGCAGUGUCUUUAUGAGAGCCACGUGGGUCUCACCUAUUGCAUCCUUUGAAGCCUUCUCUUCUGUGGUGACUGACAUGUGAACUAAACCUAAGAAUGUGUUUGGUCUGGUUUAUUGGAGCCAAACCUCCUCUUGAUUUGGAGGGAAAGUUAAAUUACUGCUUUCCUUCCAUGGCUGGUUGUGCAUUCGGAAGUGGUGGCUGCUAGGUACUUAUUAGUGUCACAGUUGCUUGGUGACUGCUGCCAUGGAUAGAGUCUGAACUCUGUCUGGAGCUCUCACUGGGGAGGCUGAGCAGAACCAGUGUGUGUAAUUGCUGGGAAUGGCACUGAAUCUAUCUUAUUAAUUCACCAAGGGGAGAAAAAUAGGUUUGUAUGUGAAUAAUUCAGAUUGAAAUAAUGGAGAGAAUUGAAACGUUCUUCUGUGGGGCUACAUAAUCCUUUGUUUUCCCAGAUUUCUUCUUCAAAAUAUGCAGUGUUGUGGCUUAGGAGGAAAGAGGUGUGUGAAAACACUUGGGACAAUGGUUCUCAGGGUGUGUGUGUGUCUGUGUGUGAGAGAGAGAAACUGAAAAGCAGGUCCAAAUGGGGCUGCCCUAGUGGUGCAAACAUUGGCAGAAGUCCAGCAAAUGGUGUUCAAUCUGCUCCUGUUCUGAUGAAAGCUCCUGGAUAAGCCUUGCACAAAUCAGUUCACAUAUUUCUAUACUAUACAUUUAAACCAGUUUGAAAAUGCUUUCAUUGUUGUCUCCCAUGGAACCCUGGAAAUUGUAAUUUUGUGGAAGUACUAGGAUUUAUUUGUUACAGCACAGAAUAGCCUGUACAUUUUCAGGGUCCUUUGGGUGGAAGCCAUUAUGAUUAAAUUUCGCUUGAAAUUGGCUUACAUGUAACCCUUGCAAUGCAAUUCUUCACAUAUCUACUUGGAAGUAAUUCCCAGGGAGAUAAUUGGGACUUACUGUCAGGUAAGUGGGAAAGGGAUUGCAUCCUUUAUCUUUUUAGGCCACAGGGAACAUGAUAGACGUGCUCCUUUUUUCUAAUACCAUGCAAUAAGGAGAUACCUACCUCAGCAGUUGCCCACAUUUAACUGAAUUUCUUUGCAAUUUUUUUAAUUGAAAAAACACAUUCAGCUUUAUUAGUGUUGGUGCUGUUUUUCUCCCUUUGUUUUCUAGGGUUACUACUUAGAAGCCUGGGACUUGAAAGGCCUCUGGAUAUUUCCCUAACUAGUGCCUCCCAUUGGGGUUAAGCAUGUACUUUUCUCAAAUUUGCUACUCUUUAAGUAGUUUUAAAAGGUGGCUGAAUGAAAAGCAUGCAUGUAGUGAUGUUAAAUUCUUGAGAAUAAUCUUUUGGAGAAUAUUCUCAAGAAUAUUCUUGAUUAAUGAGGUGUUGUACAUUUAAAGCAGCUGUGUAGACGACACAGAAUUUAUGGUUUGUGGAGAAUAUUCUCUGGAGAAUUUUCUAGCAGAGAAUAUUCUCACCUCACAUCAGUACAUGUAUGUACUGUUGAGGCUGACCAGUGAAAAACUGAAUUGUCAGCAGCAAUAGAUCAUCUACUACCUGCCUGAAGAGGAAAAACAAAAUAUUCAGGUCCCUUCUGAGUCUGUUAAAAUACUGCAUGGCUGUGCAGUAUACAAUGUCCCUUUUAUCUCAGGCCCAAACUUUAUUUGGCAGUGACAUGCAUCUGCCUCCUCCCAACAUUUGUUUGUCUUUCACGAAGAGUGCCCCCCUCCCUGCAUAGAUGUGAAAGCAGCUGGGAAGGGGAUAUUAAAAAGAAACUCAGAUGCACCAUUCCUGGGAUUUAAAACAAAUAAGAAAUGGUGGGGUGGAGUGGGGGGAAAGAGGCAUGUAAUUCCACCUGUCCUUCAUUUAGGCCUUGGUCAGAGGCAUAACUUAACUCCUGGAUCUUUAAAACUAACCUGGAUUAUUUUCUUUUUCAAAGCAAGGGCAGAAGAGUCUGAACGUAAUGUAUGCAAAUAACAAAAGCUUGGAAGUGCUCCUCUAAAGUGUACAGCGUAAAGGAAACCAUGCAUUUAAGGGACUCAUUGAAGGUUAUACAUCUCUAUGGCAGCAUCCACAGGGUGUGGGUAGAGUUCCUGGUAAGGACCAACUGAGUUGCACUUAUGCUAAGAAGCUGUGAGUCCCGAGAGUUCCUACUGUGUACUUGCAUGAAACUUUUCGCAAGUCCCACAUGAGAAUAUUUUCAGUCUUUUCGUUCAGGCGGUUCUUGAUCUGAAGCAGGCCGUUCAGGAUAAACUUGGCUUUGCUAUUCCUUUACCAGAUCCCUUCAGGAAUUUUUUCCCCCUGGAAUGUGGGACUAAAGAGUAUGUCCCUGUAUUGUAGUUUCAUUCCAUAUAAUGCAAAUUGUAAAAUAUCAUAUAGCACCUAGCGCAGCACAUUACAGUUUCUACAAUGGGCAGAAAAAUAAUUAAUUAGCUUUCAAAACCACCAGCACUUUUUAGGCAGGCCAUGGGGAAAAGGUUGGGGAUCUAGUGUUCUGGGGAGUGAGCACCAUUGAAGACAAUGUCGUUGAAGAUGGUAGGAUUUGUUUCCAAGUAAAUAUGCAUAGGAUUGUGCUGCACAACAUCUGAAAGCUGCCCAGGACAGAGAAGAAUGUGGUUGUUUUUAACCAGUAAGCAGGCCAGGUGACAUAUCUCAAGACAACUUUAAUCAGUCAGGAAGUGACCUUAUUAGUCACCUUCCUUGUUAAGCAGUGGGCUCUGAUUUCCAUCAAGAAAUUUCACUUCUUAAAGAAGCAGCUUUUGGUUCUUGUUUAGCUGCGUUUAGACCUUUUAUCUUGUGGAACUAUUUCUUAGUUUCUUUUCAUCUUUAUAGAGAAAUUGAUUGGACCUGAAUUUCAGGUCCUCUGCACAUUGUCAGGCUUAGCAUUGCUUAUGUACAGAGGGAUCUUGGAAUCUGCAUGAGAUAAUGGCCUAUAAUGCAGAAGGCCAAUGUUCAUGGAAACAAAAUAGUUAUUUGCCAUUCUACUUCUGAAGAAAUGUCAAGUGAUGGUCUGUCUUCACUUAAAAGCUUUGAAGACUAGACUUUGGUUAGGAGUCUAGUGGCGUGAAUUUUUGGGGGGAGUGGGAUUUCAGCACCGCUACUGAUACAUCUGUGUAGCACCCUGUUCAUCUUUCCUUUUGUUUAUCUGUUGCUCCUCCUCAGGUCCAAGGAUCCCCAAGCUACUACUUCCUCAGUGUCUAACAAAGGAGAAAAUAGAACGAGUAUAAAAUUUAUGUUGGUGUGGGCAAAUCUGCAUAGUGUUAAUAACUUUUUUCAGUCACCAAUAAUAAAUUCCCAUGUCACAUAUUUUGCAUACUCCCACCUGUGUCAGUGUAUGAGGUUGUCAGUAUUUUUCCUAAAAUGGAAAAACAGAUCACUUAAGUGUGACCGUGUCAUGUCUCCAUGUGCAUGCCACAUUCCCAGAACCUGCUUGUUAACAAAGGUUCACCCACGUAUUUGUUUUCACAUUAGAAAACAUACCAAAUCCUUGUACACAAAAAGAGAAGGAAGAUCAUGUGAACUAGCAGAACCUUUCCUGUAUGACCCUUAAAACCUCUGCCACCAGAUCUCCCAGUUAUUUUUUUUGUAAGUUUGAGGGAGUCUGAAGAGCUGUUUGGGGGAGCAAUUGUUAAAAGGAAGGUUCAGGUGGAGUGGGGGAGGACAGGCAGUGAAUGAAUGCAGGAUUGAGCCUGCUAUGUUGGCUUGAAAUUCAAGGGUCUGGGGCAGUUUAAAAACUGCCAGCAGGGUAACUAAGCCCUUUGCACCUGAUUCAGUCUCUUCCAUUAAUUGGAACUGAAACCAGAAACCUGGUAUCUUGUAAUGCUAUACCAGGGCUGUGAAAAAACUGAUGCUGGGAGCUUAAGCAAUUCAGAGAGAGGGAGAAUAGGGAGCAUAUGUGCCCACAAAGGGCCUUGCCUGUAUGCAUGUUUUGAAUAUGCAUGCUUAGUGCAGAACCUUGCCUGCGUAUGCAGAGAGCUGUGUACAUGGUGUACAGUAUGCUCAAAGCUUUGUAAUGCUUCCUGCAAUAAGGCGGAGAGAGAAGUAGCUGGGGUCUUGGUGUGUGUGUGUGUGUGUGUGUGUGUGUGUGUGUGUGUAGGAAGGGAUGAGACUCUUCCUUGAAUACAAAGUACUUCUUGUUGCUAGGGUUGCCUCUAUUCUUAGGGAACCAUUUUGGUGGCCCAGUAGCAAAACCAGGCUAAAACUUUCCAAGGCGAUUGCUGUUUUGUGGACAGGUGGUUCUCUCUUGAGUGUCUAGCCCUUCCAAUAACCCUGGUCUCAUACUGGCUGACAAUUCCUUGUUGUUCUGAAUAUCUUCUACCUGAGGAUCUCUGUGGUCAGGCUGAGUGUUGUCUUUAUGCCUGUGCACUUUUGAAGUGCUUUGCACUUUGAGAACCCAGUGAGCAUGAGCAGUUUUUCCUGCCCAACAUUUCAUGGCUGAGGUUCUGAUCAAAGUACAGUACUUUUCCAUGUAUAAGACUAGGGUUUUUUUUUACUUUAAAAUAAGGUUUUAAAUCUGGGGGUGCCUUAUACACGGCUGGCGCAUAUGCCCAUUUUCUAAAUUUGGGGUCCCCAAAAGUAGGGGGCAUCUUAUACAUGGAAAAAAUAAGGUAAUUACAUUCUUCAAUCCCUGGAUUUGGAUUUAUUCAGUUGUGUGCUGGAUAAGAGGAAUAGGAGGCAGUUUUGGGCUCCCCACCUGAAGAGAUUCAAUAUCGCCAGCCCGUCUAUAAUGUUGAAGAAAUGCAGGCCAGUGGAGAAACUUGUGUGAGGCACACCUUUGAUAUACUCUGUGUUUCUAUGAUGUGGUAUGAUCUGUAGUUAAGCAAGAGCCCUAAAUUGUGCCAGAACACAUGAGUUUCCAACUCUGGGUAUCAGGAUUAUUAGGAAUUAUUUCGAAAGCUAAUCCAUGCAUGCUACAUUUCACCAUCUAAUUUAGGAGAUCAUUAUAUUCUAUACUUGGAAGAAGGGCUCACAAAUUCAUUCACUUUCCCCCAAGCAGUAAUUCCUUCCCUAAUCUCUGACUUCCAUAUUGUCCUUCAGGAGUUCUCAGAAUACCUCGGAAGCACAGCAUGAAGUUGGACUUUAUGACCUUCUGUGAUACCAAGGAACUCAGGGAAGGGGCAAUGAAAAAAGGGCAGCUUGUGUGAUGACCAUUAAUGGUGGCUUGUUUGCAAGACCUGCUAACAUUUGUAGACCCUGUUGAAGACUUAUUUUGAGGGGUAUACAUUGAAAGGCAUUCCUUAUGUCAGUCUAGGAAAUGCAUAAACCUCCCAGUUUGAGAAGGGGGACUGUCCUAUUGAACCAAAUACAACAAUUUGCAUGAGGCAGCUGAGGAAAUAAUAAAUACUAAGCUUGAUUUUGCUAAUAACCCCUUGGCUGAUGUUGGAUGAUCUGAAUACAAGCAUAUGUAAAGUGACUGUGAAUUUAACCAGGGUUAGCGUUGAGGUUAGUUCUCUCAUCUUUUAACCUGUCCCCAGAGGCAUGAUUCCUUUAUGUCUGCUUUAAUUUGUUCUUCAUCAAGAACAGGGUACUGCUAGGGUACUGUGAUUUUACUGAGACCCGAGCUUUGGUUAGGGAGUAACUCCACUUUGGCUGACUCCAGAGUAGAGGAGAGAGUUCUUUUCCAUUGGCUGGUAGUCACAGUUUCUUUUGAUCAGAGGGGAAUUCACUUUGCUGCUGUGACAAGCUGGAUUCCAAACUGCUUUCCCUCCACAUGUAAGGAAUACCAUAUCCUUAACAAGUAAAAAGCUAAAAGCUUUCAGCUUUCCAGGGCUAGCACUACUCCAAUAGCAAUUCUUCCUGUUAAUUUCUGAAACUUUCCACAAACAUAUGGCCCCAGUGACUUGCAGGCUAUAAUUUAAAAUCAUUAAAUACCCGAUUUUUGUUUAUGAACAGGACCUAUCCUAAUUACCACAGCUUUCCAGUGUAACAUGGAUAGUAAAAUUGGCUCCUGUAGCACCAGGCAGAUGCUCCUUACUGCUUCUGAUGUUACCCAUCAUGGUCCAGAUUGAUGGCUGCUUCAUUUUCUGUUGCUUCGGUGGCUGGAAUUUUUCGUUCUGUUGCUAAUGCAUUCCUUUUCUUCUGCAGUGUCUCUGUAUUAGCGCACGCAUGAAAAUGUUAAUCUUUCACCACAUUGUGGAAUACGGGUCAGCCGUGGGAGACAGUGACUGUUUUUCUGUUGGAAGGAGAUUAACACACUGCCUUUGUUUAGGGCUUUUGCCACUUCCUGCCCUUUGAGCUCCAGAAAGGAUUCCCUGUUGUCAGUUGUCCCUACACAGGGUUCAGAAGAGUAUAAUCUUGUUUGAAGAAGGUGAGCUUUGCCUUUACAGUGGUCAGGAGGUGCUUUCUAAUUCUCUCCCUCCUUGCUGUCCAUAAUUAGGGCCCAGUGAGGGCUGCCUCACCUGGAUACAGAAAACUCAAAUCCUUUUCUUCCCAAGAGCAGCAGCAUCUUUUUGAGUUUAAGCCCCAUCACUGAUUUUCCUUUGCUGAGAUGUUGCUGAUUACAGAGUUCUUUGGUGGAAAUGUCUGGGGUGCCAGCACCAAAGACUGCUGCGCAUUUCAUUGGGGGAUGCUUUGCAGGCCUGUAUGAGCUCCCUUGCAGAGAUAGCCAAGAGCCUUGAAUUCCAUAACCUUGUUUGCCUAUUCUUUUGAGUCAUGUGGUUAGCAAACAGACAAAUGCUCAUGUCUCUGGGUGGUGAGAGCACUUGUCCCACAAGCAACUGGAACCACUCAGCAUGUUUCACAGGGAUGGGAAAUCAGGUGCAGGAGAAGGGGAGGGAAGUGUUGCUGUCUUUGAUCAUGGCCACUUGCGGGGGGGGGGGGGGACCUAGAGGAGAUAAGGACUUUGGCCUUAUCAGAAUGGCUGCUGGAGGCAACCAAAAAGCCUGCAUUUCAGAGCUUAAGCUUUACCAGGAGGCAAGUUCUGUCUUUAUGGCAUCAGGUGAUCAAUUCAAAGGGGCGCAUCUCUGAUCAGAGCUUGAGAGUAAGCCCUGUUGGCUGCAGUAGUGACACCUGAUCGCCAAGGUACAACUAGGAGCACACUUUGACUUUGAGUUCUUGAUUGCAGCCACGUCUUUGCCUACCUCACAUCACAUAUGUAGGGCAGGUGGGUGUGAUCUGAAGAAAGCAGCCUCACAGGCAUAGUUGGGUCCGUAGACUGGAGUUUCCCCCAUUGCUGGCCUAAAGUCUAGGCUGUGAGCUGACAAGGUACACUGCCACUUUCUUCCCAGCCAGUGUGCUUUUGCCCUAGGACCUAGGUGAACGUUCUCUUAUUCUAAAUGCACUGGUGCCCAUGGCAGACAAGGGCAGAUGCAAUUCUAACUCCACUAAAUGCAUCCUGGUGCUACCAGGAAGGGUGGGUUCGAGUGGCUCCCAUAAAAUAACGUGGACAUAGUCCUUAACGUGCAAGUUUAGUGGCUGGUUCCUUACCCCGGGUUCCUGUUGAGAGAUGAAUCAGCUGCGCAGCUAGCUCUCCUCCAAUUUGCAGUGCAAAUCUUCCUGAAGGCUGUGCUGGACAAAAGGCAACAAUUUCCCUUGGUUCCCAGCAUCUGAGUCACUUUCUCCGAUUUGGCCCACGUCCAGGACGGAGUUGGGGAGAGGGGUGGGAGAAAGUACAGCCUGCUUCAUUAAUCUGUGGCUUUUAGAGAUGGAGCUGCUCAGCAAAUAAUGCUCCUUACAUUUCCUCUCCACAACUGCUGCAGGUUGUAGCCGAAUUCCAUUUGGCAAUGCUUAGAGUCUCCUCCACCCCUUUUGCAAGCGAAGAAGCGCUUUCUCCUGUACUUUCAGCUUAUGGAUACUAAUAGCAAGAAUGUCUCCCUCCCCCCUUCACCCCCCGGGAACAUUUAUUAUAAUCUCUUCUGAACUGUAGUGACCCUUGUAUGUACAGCUUGCUGGCAGGAUCUUAGGUCGCUUGGCUGCCAUCAACUUUUCUCUAAGUCCCCACUAUGUUUGUAGUGCAGGAUUCGCUCUUAGCUGCUUGUCCUCUGUUCAGGGUGGUUUGGGCCUUCAUCUGCAGUUCUGUAUCUCUUCAACGCAACCUAGUUUGGCCUCCUUGUGACCUCUGUGUGCAAUAGUUGGAUGUCCUGGAUAGCACACAGAGGGUAAGCGGACAGGAAGCUUCUAUGGGAAGGACAAAGCCAGCUGGGUCAAACAGAGAGAUCUCUUGUGCUUCUUUGGCCCUGAGAAUGGCUAACAUGGGAAUUGGCCUAGAUUUGCAGAGGCUGACACCAGCAGACAGCCACACAUAGCAAAUGUGCCAAGCUGACGCGGAUCCCUGAAAUCUGUCUCCUCCUCAUAGUAGCUUCGGAGUGCUCAGUUACCUGUUCUCUACAAGAUUGCAAUCCUUUGCUGGGGAAAAGAGGGGCCAAAUAUGGAGGCGAAAGCAGCCUACCCUUCAGUAGCCAAGAGAAUAAAGGCUGCAAAGGCUGCCUUUAUUGUACUGCCUUGCGGCACAUCUUCGAGGGUCUCAUAAACAGAUUUUAUGAUGCUCUGACAGUAUCUGCAAAGGUAGGCUAGGUACAAAGAUGUCUGAAACAGCACUCUCUGCUAGAGAGGGAAAAGUGCGCUAAUGUCUUAUUCGGUCAUAAUAUGUCAAGCAGUUGCUAGACCAGAUCCCAUGUAAGCACAGAUAAGCAGUGAAGCCCUCCUUGCUGGAUUGCUGCAUUCUUUAAAAAGAACGCAAACAAGCCCUGCCAAAUACCACGGUGGCAAGGAACUGGACUGCAGGGAUAAUAUUCCCCCGGCAGCUCCUCCUUGACCCCAAAGUGCAUGAGAGCACCUUGGACUUUCCAGGCAAGAAAAAAGCAAUAUUUAUCAGGAGUCUCUCUAGAAAUAGAAGGAUCCUUUCUGCCUCUGAAUAGUGCCUGUCAAUGUGCUGCUCUCUUCGGCAGCCCAUAUACCAGGGGUCUGCAACCUUUAAGACAAAAAGAGCCACUUGGACCCGUUUCCGAAGAAAAAAAAACUGGGAGCCGCAAAACUCGUCAUUAUAAAAAUAACUUUUUUGUCACUUUUUUAUUAUUUCUUUGUUUGACCCCUCAGAAUUACUCCUCCUCAUAGAAAUAAACGUUGAAUUAACAAGUUACCUUUUUGUGUGUGUGUGUGUUCUUCACUCCCCUUCAAAACAGUGACCAGCGUACAUGCCCCCUUUCAAUGCAGUGACCAGCGUACAUGCCCCUUACAAUGUAGCGGGUGGGCGGGCAGGCGGGAAGGUGACGUUGGGAUGGUGCGUGACUAACGCACGCACCGCCCCCAUGCGACGUCACAGCCAGUACAGCGCCUGCCACAGUGGGGAGUGUCGGGGCGCACAAUGCGCCUCCUCCCCUCGCUAGUAUCCGCCCCGGAGCCGCGGCAAAGGUGUAAAAGAGCCACAUGUGGCUCCGGAGCCGCGGGUUGCAGACCCCUGCCAUAUACUAAUAGGGACUGUUGAUGUUGGAUGAUGCACUGGGUGGGGGGGGGUGGAUCUAGGGAAAUGGGUACUCCUUAGUUUCACUUGAAUCUUUUCUGAUGGAAAAUCUGGUUCAGCUGAAAGUGUAACUUUCCAUAAGCAAGCCAGAAUUCUCCUGGGGAAAGUCAGAGCAAGAUGAAGAAGGUGGGGGAGCUCCUGUCCUGCCUGUUUUCCAACAUUUGGGAGGAAGGAAGGGCAGUUUUUUCCAUUCUUUGUUGCAGUAAAAGUACUUGUGUAGAAUACAUUUGCAUUCUCUUAAUAAGCCUGGAAUUCUGGAAACUAAGGUGGUGACUUGAGACUUGUUUGCUGCCAUCCCAUCCCUCCUUCAGACACACACUAGAUACACAAUUCCUGGCAAGUCUGAGAGAUUGGAGACACACACACACACACACACACACACACACAUAUAUGCUUGACCAUAUUAUCAAGGGGAAUCAUGUGAGAAGUAUGAAUUAUAAAAUUCAAAAUCAAUGGAUAUAUGGUAUUUACACAGAAUUCCUAAGUGCAUAAUUAAUUUUAAUAUACAGGAUUAUCUUAGGUGUUCAGGUCUUGUAAGAAAAGGAGCACAGUAUCAGUGGAACAACAACGAAAAAUUAAAUAUCAAGAACAAAGUCCCAAAGAAUAAUUUUUAUUAAAACAAAACAAGCAGUAUGCAAAUUCAUCAUCCAAGCAGAAGGAGGGAAGGGAUUUUGUCUUUGCUUCUAAUCCAUUUUGCAGUUGGGGAUGAAUUGAGCAAGGGUUCUCCUGGGAUGCUUUUCAGAUUGUACAAAAGCUAGAAUGAAAGGAAGAUCUGUCAGAAUGACUAGUAGAAGCCUCCUUGCCAGAGAGCAAACAACUUACAAAUGCCUAAAUAAAUGAUUGGUGUAGAGGGGAAAACAGGGACUGGAAAUCUGCCUUGUUCCUUGUUUGCUUUUUUUGUUCUUCCAGGAAAGUGGGGGCCAGCUAUUAAAAUAAAAAUUAUUGGGGGUUGGGGCUCCAUGGUCCCAUUUUCUCUCUGCGCACCCUUUCCUGCUAAUGGUCUAUAACAGAGGUGAGGAAUUCCAGUCCAUGGAAAUAAUUAGACCACCCCUCCCAGAUCUUGGAGGUUGGCCCAUCAAGCCAUUUCUGACAAGUUACACCCACCUUUCUCAUACCUAACUUCAUAUGUGACAGCAGCACAGGAAAGUUCACACUGUAGCUGCUGCACAGGAAGAUUCAAGGAGGGUGCUCUCAGGAGAGGCCAGCACUGCAAGUCAGCAGGGCCAACACAAACUAUUCAUUUUCCCUUUCUCGCACACAUGCAUGUGUAUCUCCCACUUAUAUUCUCUCCCCCACCUCAUUCACUCAGUUGAAUCAGUGUGUGUGUGUCCCCCAAUCCUAUCCUACUCUCCACAGUUGCAGCAUGCUAGCCGCAGAGAUAUAUCACGAUGUCUGCUAUAUCACACUGAUGAAACAUGGUGUUUCUGUCAUUGCUUCCUUAGCCCAGUCAGCUUCCAUACUUGAUGUCAGCCCGAUAUAGCUGGCCAUGGGUAAAGAAAUCACUUUCUACCCUGCAGUAACAAGCACACUAUGAUUGUGGAGGAAGUGGAAUGGGACUGGUUGGGGGGGGCGUGUAUUCUUGGGAAUGCUGGAAGGGGGUGGAUUCAGAGGCCUGCCAGACUGGAUUAGGCCCCCGGGCAGGUGGUUUGCUCAUGCCUGGUGUGUAUGUCUAGCAUGUAGAUUGUGGCUCAUGGAGAGUUUGUCUGCAGCUUGCUUACUGCAUUGAAAUUUGCAUCCCACCUUUUCUGCCUGGCGACAGGCCUCUAAAGUGGCUGUCAGUGUGAUAAUCAAUACAUGAGAAACUUAAAAGGGUAUUCUUUAAGGCAGUGGUGAAUUGUGAAGGGUGGGGGUGGGGGUGGCAGAUAAUAGAAAAUGCCCACUCCACAGGCUUUAGGCGCUGCUGCCGAGCCUCUUCCAAGGGAUGCUUUUCAAAGGUUCCAUGGUGACCAUGACAAUGAGAGUUGGGGGAGAUGAGGUCAUACAACAGCUAGAAUUAUGGACAAGAUGGAUGAUAGGGGGAAAGUGAAGCUGCUGCCCAAAAUGGCAGCCAGGCACAAUGAAUCUCUUCCCUUCCGUAAUAUGUGGAAAUGUAACUUUGUUCCACCUCAUAACAUUCUAGAUUCACCUAAUCAGCUGCUUCUUGGCAUGGGGGUGGGGGACGGACACUGGAGAGAAAUCCAGGACAUUGUGACACCAUGGCACAAGUUAAGAUGUAUUCGAUGUGCAGUUGCCGUUUUGUUGGCAACAGCCGCAAACUUAUCCUCGCAUCUUGUUUGGCCCUCUGUGCCUGUUUCGUUGCUGCGGUUGACUUUUUAAAAAAUAAAUAAAUCCCAGCAAUCAGUACAAUUAACCCCAGCAUUUGUCUUGCAUUGGGGUUUGGAGUGUUGAGAGAAUCAAGGAUUAUUUGUGUAGGAGCAGGGAGCUUGCAGCAUUUAGAAUUGCUGCUUGAUAGCCUUGGAAAUCUAAGGCUUUCCUAACUGCAGCAAGAGCAUUGCCUCGUCCUGCUGCUGCUUCUCCACCCCCCUCCCUGCUUCCAAAUGCUGAGUGCAGAAAUCCUGGCAGUAAAGUUAACAUCUUUGUGCCCGUUGCUCGUGGCUUUGUGUGGGCUCUUUGCCAAGCUGCAUGAAUUAUUUAUUGCACUGCUGCAUCGGCAGCUGGUUAAUGCCCGGUGGGGUAUAUUAUAAAACUGCCAGUGCCUUAGUGCCUGGGGAUCUCAGAUAUGCAUAGUGGGUAGUGCAGGAUAGAAUCUGCUCCCCUCAUUUCGAACUCUGCUCCACUCCAUGAAACAACGAAGAACAAAAUCCUCUGAUUUCCAUGACCUCGAAUUGAAGCACUGUUGUUGCGAGAAGUGAUGCUUGUGAUUAGAUUUUAAAUGUCCACAAAGGUUGAAGUUCUGAAGGCCCAAUCUUUUCCCCCUAGGGAAACAAAAUAAAUAUUUAUUUUUUUAAGAAAAGCAAAAGAAAUACAGUUCUUCCUUUUCAAACUUAAAUUCAUUUUACUGCUUUAAGAACGUAAAGUGUAUCAUUUAUGACCUAAGCCAGGAAGAUUUAGAGUGUAUUUUUUUUGCAUAUUUAUAAAAUUUAAAAGUGAAUGUAUUGAUUUUGUAUGUGCAAAAAUUGCAAAUAUGCCCAGUUGUAGCUCAUUUCCUUCUUUGGAUCUUGGAUAAAAUUUCACUUUCCCCUCUGAUGCUUUGGCACUCAUGCCAGAACUCCUGCAGUUUUAGCCCCAUCUUCUGACUCUUUCUCUUACCCUCCAACAUGACAGGGUAACAUGCUGCUCCUUUCACAGUCUUGCAUCAGGAUGUCUUUUCACAGAUAUUUGAGGGAGACAUGGAAAGUCUGGCCACAAGGGUAGAGCCAGGUCAAAAGGACAGCAGAAACAGGAUAUUGUUUCUCGCAUCACCAAAUUAGACUAAAGGUCACCAAAAGAAGGCAAGCAGCAAUUCACAAGCACUGUAAUGAAGAUCCUGUGUGUUCCUCUCCUGAAGAUGGCAGCACUCGCCAGGUGAAAAAUGCAUCUUGGGUUUGAGUGUUCUGUAUGUCAUAAUUAUCAUUCUCUAGUGCUGUAGGUUAUCUUACAAAAAAAUAAAAAUCUUAACAGCAUUUCAUUCAUUCUAAAAAAGGAAUGUUUUUCAGUCUUUCCCAAAAUUUCAUUUUUUCCUCUGUUGGACAAUUAAAAAAUAACAAUCAAGGAGAAAUUUCUUCCCUUUCCAUCCCCCCCACAAUCUACUUGUGAUGUUAGAUAAUGCCAGUUCUGGGAAGAAAAUUGUUGAGCACCAGAAAUGAAAUUGCUGCUAGAUAAUUAUCUGGGUGUCUGGCAAGAUAAGGCCUUGCCUUCAAUCAGGACAAGUUUGAGGAUGGUGUAGUAGCCAACUAUUGUGGUCACUGAGGUUUUGCCUCAGAAGCAAAGUAUAAAUAUGCAUCCCUUUUGUACUCACUGUCUGUCAUUGAGUUUUUACUGAGGGGCAGCAGCAGGCUGUGUUGGUGUGUGUUUGAACCACCCCUUCUUCUUCCCCCCCUUUUGUACAGAUCUCUUGGCCAUAAUACUCCUUGCUCUGGUAAUUUCCAGAUUGGAUUGCUGUAAUAUGCUUUAUGUGGGCUGCCCUUGAAGACAACUCAGAAACUUCAACUGGUCCACAAUGCAGUGGCCAGAUUGCUGGCUGGGUUUGCCUUUAGAAUAAAUAUAACCCUGUUCUAAAGCAGUUGCAUUGGCUUCCCGUUCAUUUCCAGGCCCAACGUGCUCAGGAUAGUAGUUUCUCAAACCUUAAAUAACUUGGGUCCCAAGUACCUGCAAGACUGUGUUCUUCCCUACAGACCCUCCCAGGUGACCUUGAUAGUUCCACCUCCCUCAGAGGUUUGUGGGGGCAGGAAAGGGCAUUCACUGUGGCAGCCCCUAAGUUGUGGGGUUCCUUCUCUACAGAUGUGUGUCUGGCUUCUUCACUACCGUAUUUUUCACUCUAUAAGACACACCAGACCACAAAACGCAAUUAGUUUUUGGAGGAGGAAAACAAGAAAAAAAAUAUUCUGAAUCUCAGAAGCCAGAACAGCAAGAGGGAUUGUUGCGCAGUGAAAGCAGCAAUCCCUCUUGCUGUUCUGGCUUCUGUGACAGCUGUGCAGCCUGCAUUCGCUCCAUAAGACGCACACACAUUUCCCCUUACUUUUUAGGAGGGAAAAAGUGAGUCUUAUAGAGCAAAAAAUACGGUAUAUGGUUUUCAGCAAAUGCUGAAGAGGCAUAGGGAGAUUCCUAUGAUGCUAGGUUGGAGAGAAUGUGAUGUGUUUGUGCUCAGAUUAAGCUUCACUUAAGUAUCCUUUUUUGCAUGUUAGGAUCUCAUUUCCUUGUAGUCUUAGCAGCAGUUGUGGCCUUCCCAUUACUGUUACUGAAGCGGUUGGUGGCAGGUAUUUUGAGCUGGCAUGACAUAAGUUAGCACAUUGACCUUCGCACGGGUGCAGAUGCAAAUCAUUGCAGUCACAUUGCCUAUGGUGCUGGUGCAGUUUUAAAUCUAUAAAUCUAGAUCAAAGGCAACUCCCCUGCCUGCCCCCACCGUACAGAUAUUCUCUUGCAAAUUUAAAACUGAUUCUGAUCUUAGAUGACCUGCAAAGAGAGGAGGCGAGAAAUUGAGAAAACCAAGAACGCUUGCAGGAGGCAUCUGGGCAUGCAUUCAAGAGAUUUAGAGAGGGGCCUAGCUGAGCUUACCCCUUUACAGAGAACUCUUGCAUUGUGUUUGUUGUGAGGCGUUUAUGUAACAGAAUACAUGAGCUUAGGUCAUGCUUGAGUUUCUGUAGUCCCUGCUUUCAGGAAACUGACUACAAUUGUGAGCGGGGUGGAGAAAAGGAGUCAGAGCCAGUGUUUGUAGGAAGGCUUCUUGUUGACACUUUAUUUUGGUGGUGAGGAUGUUGCUGUCUCUGUGCAGUGCAGGCCUGCCUUCGCCUUGGAGCUCACAACACAAGGUUGGUAGAGACUGGCUGUUUGCAUUCUGAAAUCCCAACCUUCAUUGUGUUUAAAAAUUAAAAGCCCAGUAUAUCCUGUCAUUGCCUUUCCGGAUCAAUAGCAGCAGCAAAGGUGUCUGAAUUGUAUCUGCUAAAGUCGUGCUAGUUCCAACCGGUACUAGUGGUAGUCUAUUUCUGACCCCGCAGUAUGGAGGACAGAGCUGGGGGAGGCUAGCCUUGUGGCUGGAGAAUAAUCAGCAAAAAUGUAACUUACUAGGAACAGAUGCUUUUGCUUGAGGGAACUUUGGUUGCAUCCUGGUUAAGAAAUGACCAGUCUCCAGAGGGAAACUGCUGACACACACCAUUUUUUCUUCUUGUCCCUGCUCCAAUUAAGUAAUAACUUCUGUAAUCCUUUGGAAUGCCUCUUCUCUCUGUAUACUGCAUGAGACCUGAGCAGGUUCCCAGUGACUGCUUGGUUACAGGCUCCUUACUCAUUCAUUCGCUGAGAUUUGUCUAGGAGGGUGCUGGAUGUCGCUGAAAGUGUGUGCACUUCAGGCAGCUGGAUACUUUUGCUGUGUCAAGGUCACAUGGUCAAUUCCUAUGGGGCCUUUAGAUUGUUCAGCAGUUCUUGACUCCCUAAAGACCUGGUGACACAUGUAGAGCCUGAACUUUGAAUUACUUUGCAGAAGAGAGAGAGAGAGUCUGCAUGUGCGCACACAGACACACACACAGUUUUACUUAGGUUCUAGCAAAUUUAUGUGCAGAGAAUUGUAAGACUCCUUAGUCCUCCAGAGUUGGUUCCUGAGAAAGUAGGGCACUGGAUUAGAACUCUGGAGGCCUUCCUUCCUUUCCAGCUGCUACUCUUUUGCUGUGCUGGGUAAUGAAAAACCAAGUUUCUUCCUAGUUCUAAGCCAUCAGACAGACACUAUGGAAUAUCACUCCUUUUUCAUGGGGAGGGACAUGGUUUCAAUAAUGAAUUAGACUCUGGAGUGCAGCAUAGCUUAAGGGGGGUGAUUAAUUGAUGUAAACUAGCACAUUCUGGUUGCUAUGACUCGUCAAAGAACCCUAAAUAAUUAUGGCUUAAAUUGAAGGUUCCAGUUAUGUCAUCAGUUGAUCAACUCCAGAGAGCAGGAGUUUAAAUGGACUUGGAUUAAAUUCCAGACAUGGAUGUUUGGCUUGCUCACACUCGGACCAGAGCACAGAAGGUCUGCUUUCAGGAGACCAAAAAUAACACACGAGUUUUGCUUAGAUUGUAUUGUGGUUAAGAACACCCUCUAAUCCUCUGUCAGGUUACUUUUGAGCACUACCAUAAAACACCCAGCACUAACUGUGUUGAGUCCAAGUCGCAUGUUACAUUUUAAAGCCAUGGGGUCAUUCUUGCAAGUGGUCCCAUGCCUCAAUGAUAACAGUGGGGAAGAUGCAAUCCACGUGCAUGGGGAUCCAGACAGCGGCCCAAUUCAUGAGCAUGAUCCUCUUGACCGGAAAGCAUCAUAACAGGGCAGGGCUGACACCUGUGCUGCCUCCAUGUUCUCGGAGCAGCUUGGUGCACACAUUUCGGCCUGAAGCCAUCUGGGCUGUGUUACUGAGCUCCCAUUGUGUUUCUUGACUUGGGAAGAAGUGAAUGGCUACAUUGUGAUGUCCAGGUUCUCAGCUGUUGUGUUGCUCAGGCCAAGGGGGAUCGGUGUCUGAUGGAGGGGUGGGUCGGGGGGGGGGUCAGUGCUCUUGGAGGAGUCAGGAAGUCCAGCAAAACCCUGCUGUGCUACAUUAAGGAGUGCUCCACUGAGUGUUCAGCGUGGACUUUGAACUUGGCACCAUGGACUUAAAUCCAGGCUGUUCCUCAAGCAACAACAUAGAAGCCUGUCUCUAAUAAUAUGGGUCUUUAUUAUCAGCUCUCUGUGUGUGUGGUGUGUGCCUGCAUUUCCUGCGGUAUUGUGGGAAGCCUGGCAUGAGGGCCCACGAGAACAUAAGCAUAGAGGUCCUAGCAUAGGGGCUAGUGAUAUUCUGAGGAUACUCCAUCAUGUGAAGCUUAGGGAGGAACUGGCUCAGAAUCUGUGGGUCACAUGAGGCUUCUUCUCACUCUAGCCAUGCUCAGAAGCACUGGAGCAGGCAGGCAGGGUCACUCAGGUUCCAUUUUGAUUUCUGGCCCUGGCAGCACUCAGUGUUUACAAAGAGCCAGAUGCGAGAUGGAGUAACUGGGGGAGGUCUGGCUGCAGGAAAGACGUGCAGAAGGAAUCCCAUCUUCUGCCUGGCCUGCAGAGGAAAAAAACAGGUUACAUUGGGGAGAAAAGACUUGUUCUGAAACUCCAAGGUCUGCCUACCAAGGGUGCAGAAUUAACCUUGGAGCACAAGGGCUUGCUGCCCUCCCUUCGUAUCAGCAGCACACGCUAUUCUACAUUCCUGUGCCCUGUAGCAAUGUCUGCUUGGGUUCCUGGCCCUGUUCCCAUUGUGCAGUGGUGAGUCUGUUGCUUGGAAAGAGCUGGGGCUUGCAAGCCAGGAUAUCUUGGUUUUGUUUUUAGAAGAGGAAUGCAUAGGGGAGGCAGCGCUGCCCAAGCAUUAGAGCAAGGAAGUAGUGAAAGGUUAGAAAUUGCCAUCUGAACAUUUGCCCCUCACCCUCCAGUUCUGGUAUAUGAAAGCUAUAGGCAGCCUCUUUGAUCUUGUGUCCUCAAAAAGGAAGGCUAGAGAAGGAUUCUUUUGUGUGCCAGCUGGCUGGCUUGUCUCAGCCUUUGGGCAUUCUUAGAGCUAUUGUGUGGAAGAUAGUUGCUUUCCUUUUAUAGCUGUUUGCUGGUCCCAGAGGGGAAAGUCCUAGCGUAGAGCAAAUCUGGGAGCAAUUGUGAUUUCAUAAAAUUGUAGAGUUGGUAGGGACUCCGAGGGUCAUCUAUUCUUAAGGCUGUUUUUAUAUAGAGAUUGUGGGUCCUGUUAUUGACUCGAGAGUUGAUACAUGAAAUAUUCCCCCCCCCAAAAAAAUCUGUGCCAAAGAUUAUUCCCCCCCCCAUAGCUUUCCUGUAAUAUAUUAAUUUGGUUGAGAGGACUACAGUCCAUACACAUUUAUACUAAGCCUCUGCAGAAUUCAGUGCAAAAUCCAUAAAGCAGUCUUUUGGGAAAUGGGUGCAAGAUGUUGGGGAGAUGGUUCGUUUGAUUUCACGGGCACCCCUGUAUUCCAGGCAUGUGGUACAGAGCUGCUUGCUCUCAAUCCAAGGCAUAUGAAAGAGCACGUAGGAUAGUGAUGAGUGUUGUGCCCUCUGUCCUCACAGUAUAAUACUUGCCCCAGUCAUGCUACUACUCCAGUGCUGGCUACAGAAGUCUCCUCUCCCUGGUGUUGACCUUUGCAUCGCUGGGGCUGCUGCACUGUGUUAGGGUCAGCGCUGACUUCUGUGAAGGAAGUGGGUGAGUCAGCAGCUCCAUUUCCUGCAUUGCGUCAGGAGGUGUCCAGAACAAGUACUGAGGCUCUCUGGGCUGUGACCUGGCUUGAUUCCAACCCACAGCUGAGUGAACUGGCUCUGCACACAUGCUCCAGGCUGCAAGAAGGCAGAGUUGCAAGUGUAGGUUUAGUGAGGCCCGUUGGUCACGCCAAACUGCUGGGUUCAUUCCCACAUCUCCACAAGACAGUUGACUCCGUAGGGACUUUGUUAUACACCUGCCUCUCAGAGAAAGAACUCUCGGCUGGUCUUUGACUCUCAAAGCGACUUUUUCUUAGAGCUCCUUGCUUGCUUCACUUAUAGUCCACACUGCAGAUUUUCUGGGCAAAUUAUUGCAGCGACUUCUCUGGCUGCUACAGCCAAGACUGCUGUAAACUCACAACCAGACUACGUGUACAGUGGUACCUCAGGUUAAGAACUUAAUUCGUUUUGGAGGUCCGUUCUUAACCUGAAACUGUUCAUAACCUGAGGUACCACUUUAGCCAAUGGGGCCUCCCACCGCCGCACCACUGCCACACGAUUUCUGUUCUCAUCCUGAAGCAAAGUUCUUAACCUGAGGUACUAUUUCUGGGUUAGUGGAGUCUGUAACCUGAAGCGUAUGUAACCUGAAGCGUAUGUAACCUGAAGCAUCUGUAACUCGAGGUACCACUGUAAUGUUCAAUUAAAAUGUGUGUUUUAAUUAUGCUACUGUUACUUAAAGCGGCCCUGUGGGUCCCUGAUCCUGAACGUCCUUCUGGUCUAGAUCAGGACCCUGCACUGAUUUCUUGCUGCAUCUGCUCCCACCGUCCCAACUGCUAUUUGCCUGCACACUGUAGAAAUAAUAGCUGGGAGGGGGGGAAGACUUUUAGCAGGCACCUGGUGCCGCAGCCCCACUCUGCAUUGGGAACACCUUAUGCAUCAGGCUAUCACACAGCUCCUUUUCCUUUGAAGUUACAGUGCCCAGUGUGAGUAAUGUAGAUUUGAUUUAUAGCUGCUCUGAUCCAAAAAAACCCUACCACUUCUUUUUUGGCAUGUAUGAGUUUACAGCAGAUCUGGUCAGCUUUGUGCAGAAGUCAUUAGUCUUUGCUACUGAGUGUCUUCUGUUAUCAAAAAUGCCAAUUUCUUUCUCUAUCUUCAAUCCAUAACUUUAGUAGUAGUUUUCAACACAUUAAAACAUCAAAUAAAACAGUCCAGAAUGAAACAAAUUCAAGCUUCAAGGAAAAUAUUUCAGAUCCUUCUCUAAGUGACAUUUUGCUUUCCCCAUAUUUAUUUACCUUUUUAAUUUGUAUAGCUGCCCCAUAGCAGAAGUACUCUAGGAAGCCAAUGUGGUGUAGUGGUUUGAGUGUUAGAUGAGAACCUGGGAGAUGAGGGUUCAAAUCCCCAUUCAUUCACCAUCAUCAUACUUUAUUACGGUCAAAGACCAGCUCUAAAAGCACAACUGGGGCAGCUUUCACAAGAAUAGAAUAUACAUGUAAAGCAGUGUAUAAGAACAGCUUAAAGAUUAAAUUCAUUCAUGAAACUCACUGAGUGACCUUGGGCCAGUCACAACCUCCUAGCCAACCUCACAGGGUCAUUACAGGGAUUAAUUGAGAUGGGGAGUGAACCAUGUACUCCUUGGGGGGAAAGGUGGGAUAUAAAUGCAAUAAAUAAGCAAAACGUGCCUGGCACCUGGGUAAUUUUAAACACUGCUUUUUACUUCACCCUGUUUUUUCUGAUUGAAAAUUAUUUUAACCAAUUUUUAUAUUGUUGGCAGUAUACAACUAAGUUCAAAGCAGAGUAGACCCAUUGAAAUCAAGGAACCUAAGUUAGGGCAUUUUUAUUUAUUUAGAUUAGUAUCUGGUUUUUCCACUAGAUGGUAUUUGAAGUGCCUUACAGUAAAUGUGCAAUUUUGAAAAGGGAUUCACCACUGACAGAAAAACUCUGGUUUUUCCUAUUCCUUCAUGCUGACAGUUUUUUUAAAAAAAUCAGCGGGGGGGGGGAUGGGACUAAAAUGUGCUCUUGCAAAUUCUGAGCUAGAUACCAUCGUGUUGAAGGUUGAAAUUGGGAAGCUGAAAGCUUCAAAUGACAAAAAGGCACAUGUGCAGUUAAUGUAACUUGAGAAAGAGAGUGAAAAAUGGGAAUAUGCUUUCUAGUCUAUUGUUGCUAAAAUGAGGCAGCCUGAAAAGGCUACAAAUAAUCAGGGCACAAAAUGUCCCAUUUUUAAAAAAUAAAAAAUGACAAAGGGAGGAUUGUGCUGGAUCCUGGGAGAGAAGGAAUACUUCAGAGAAAGUCUUCCUUUUUCUUUCAUUUUUUGUAAUGUCAAGGGCAAAAGCUUCUGUAGUGCAUAGCUCUGACAACGGGAUCUGUGCUGCUCUUGCAAAACUGUUCCACAAUUUGCCUGCUCAGUGUAAGGAUCCAACUGCUGUAGAUCUUGUUGCAGUGUAUUUGUCUUGUCUUGUGCUAAUUUAGAACUCAGAGAGAGAGGGGGGGGAAUGCUUUUCUGCCAUUGGUCACUGUUGUGUGGAUGGUUGCAUGGCGUUUACUAGCUUACAGUAGCAUCGCUGAUAGAAAGACUACCACAUUUCUCCUCACUUCUGCUUUCUGCCACACAGGGGACCUGUGUUUUCAAGUCUGUGUUGGACACGGAUCUAAAUAACUACCUAGAUUUUAUAUUGCCAAAAUAAGGAGGAAUUUCCAGUGGUUGGUCAGUUGGCUGGUUGUCCUAAUAAGCCUGUGGUGCAUCCUUAAAUUCUUUUGCACCCGGAUGAGUCUAACAAAGUCUGCCCACCCCAUUCUGCAUUAAGGUUACAAACUGUGAACUUUUGGGCUCCAAAAUCAUGCCUAGCUUUCUCUCUCUCCCUCCCUCUCUCCUCUGCUCUGCAUUUUGCUUGAGCAUCCAGCCAGAAGCAGAGUUCUGGACGACUUGAAAGCUUGCUUGCUGUUUCGUGGUAUUUUACCUCAUAAAAGUAUCGCCCUACUGCAGUUCUGGGGAUUUCCUGCCCCUCUAGAAAGUUCACUCCGAAGGGAAGGCAAGUGGCAAGGCAGCAGGGGAAGAUGUAGGCCCCACCAUUGCUCCCUUCAGCCGUGGCCUGUGUUCCGGUAUUGCCAGCGAAUACAGGAACUCUGUUAGGAAGUGGUUUGUUUGCUCACAGGCUGGAAGAGCUGUUUGAAUCAACAGGCAGGAAAUGAGGGUGUAGCCAGCACACAGUUUGAAGCAGACGGGCGGCCUGGUGUGCCACUCCUGGGGCCGGGAUGUCUCUUUCGGAGCCGGACACAAACUCUGAGCAUGACCAAGAGGUACAGUCAUUUGAAGGGAGGUGGUAUCGGGAUACUUCCUCCCCCCCCCCCCACCUUUUUUUAAUGAUAACCGAACAACUGGGGAGGAGGGCAUUGCAUGUGUAGAAAUCAGUAGGCCAGUAUCAGUACGAGGGAGCAGGAAUCCUAGUCUAAGAUGAGGGAAUACUGCGUGUGUUGUGAAAGUGGCUUGGGAACUGCACUGCCUCAUCUACAAGCGGCUCUGCAUGUUACAAUAUACACUGAUGUUCAUCUGUGUGUGCAUUUGCUGCUCUGCACAUCAGAGAAACAGACAGGAAAGGCAAAAAAGCACAAUGGGGUACAAGUAGCAGGAACAUUUGUGGGGCAUCUGUGGGCAAUGCGCCUCAGUCUGGAACACACAGACACAUGUGAGAGUAGCAGAAUAUGUGUUUGAGGAAUAAAUGUUAUUUUUUACACGUUGGAGAAGGGAGGGACUGUAGUACUUACAGUGGUACCUCGGGUUACAGACACUUCAGGUUACAGACGCUUCAGGUUACAGACUCCGCUAACCCAGAAAUAGUACCUCAGGUUAAGAACUUUGCUUCAGCAUGAGAACAGAAAUCGCUCAGCGGCAGGAGGCCCCAUUAGCUAAAGUGGUGCUUCAGGUUAAGAACAGUUUCAGGUUAAAAACGGACCUCCAGAACGAAUUAAGUUCUUAACCUGAGGUACCACUGUACUCUCCUGAACAAGGUGUCUGAGACGAAGAGCAAAAGAUAUAUAAUAUUUUGUGUGUAAAAGGGGGGGCAGGGGGCAUGUAAAUGUUAGGGGAGGCCAUAACAUAUCUGUAGGUUUGGCCGAUGAGUUAUCACUGCAUAUACUGGCUAUCAUGUGCCUAACACAUUUAAUGCCAGGCUUCAGUGAGUAGAUACAUGCAGCUCCUUGCAGUGCUUUGAAAUGAGAUUACCUACUUUGUGUCCUGCUCAGAAUUCCUUAUUCUCCACCUUCCCUACCCCAGUAUAUCCAUUUCAGUCCAAUAUUCUGGCCACAUCCUUGUGCUGGAUAGGACGGAUAGCAUACUGGAGGCAUAUUGCCCCCACCCACCCCCAGCAGUUCUUCUGCCUAUGUGCAGACUCCAUAGGCUCUGGGCAUUGUUCAUAGGGUAGCAAGGGAAGUUGUUAACUGAGUGUCAUUCUGUGUUGUACUCCCCCAGGUCACUUGUUUAAUUCCUUCCAUUAAGCCUGUGAGGUCUGUUUCCUUACUAGAAGACUUAUGUGGAUAAUAUUUAACUACAAUGUGCCAAGUUCCCACCUGGGCAUGUAUCCUGUAGCUGGGGCACCACAGCAGGGUCAGCCUCUGACUCAGACAGCCUAGAUUGAAGGUAGUGCCAGAAAGAAUUUGCCAGCGCAUUCCAAGUUGGCACCACUCAAACUGUUGUUACUGAGAAAGUGCUUCUAAUUUGGCUCUUAUUCCCCCCCUCCACCUAUAGAAGCCAAGCUUUAAAUGCACACAGCUUCAUUUUUUUGUGCAUAUCCUUCACCUGUUGACUGUGUAUCUAUCCUUUCUCCUUCUAUAAUUAUGCUCCCAAUCUGUCAUAGCUAAGAUUGCAGUGUUCUCGGGGCAUGGACCUGCCUUCUUAUGCUUAUGUUACUUAUUCCUAUGGAGCACCAUGUGUGUUGAUGGCACAAUAGAAUAAUCAUAAUUUGCAAAAGGCUUCACAAUCCUUAUCUCAUAUUUUUUUUUUUUACCCUUACGACUUAUCACAAAUUUAUACACAUUUUACAGACACACGUGCACAUGGACAUGACUGAGGGUUUUCAGCUCAGGACAAAAGCCCACACUAGGACUUGACACAUUUAGACUUCAACUCUAAGCACACAUACAGUACGUCAAAGUCAUGCCGUUAGGAUUGGACUGGAGCUGCCUAAGGAGUUAAUGGUGCUACACAGCAAAGAAAUGGAUGCUCUCUUUCCUCCAUUGGACAGAUGGUGGAAGCAUGGAGAUCCUUUUGCAGUUCCAUCCAAGGAGAGGCACCAUUCUGGACAGCUAAGUUUUCAUUACUGUCCUGCUUAUUGGUGCAGUCCACUGAUGGCAAGCACAGUUCUGGGAAUAAUUUUAAGAGCUGAAGGUUUGAGAACUAUAUCUAUUGUCCUUAUUAGUAAAAGGAACCUGCCGUCGUAAGAGAAUCCAGCCUUCAUAGUGCCGAAAGCAAAGGAACAGGGCAGUAAUGGUCUGCUUGAACUUCCUAAAGAGCUCCACAUAAUCCAGCCUAGCGUUGGUUAUGCAGUAGUUUGAGCAAGGGGUGUGUGAGAGGAGUCAGAGGGGUUUUUGUUUUGCUUUUUCUACUUGGGGCAGGGGGAGAAGCUGCUCGCCUGAAUCUGAAAUUAUGGACUCAUGUAGUUCUAAGGAGAGAGCACAGUCCAGAAUGGGAGAGGUUGCACCCAGGACUACUGGGUUCUUGGACCAUUUAUCAUUCCUAUUUCGGUGGCAGACUGUCUACUGCUGUAAUGCUUCCCUCCAUCUCUUUCGCCUGCUUCCUCACUCCAGUUACGCAUGGUUUCUUUUCUCUCUUUAUAGUAGCAUUUCCGUGAAAUGUCUAGCAACAUGAGAACAUUUUUAGUGCUAGCUGGAUGCUGCUUUAGCUAACGUCCUGGCCUCAGUUGAGCGGAAGGGCAGUAUAUAAAUAAAACUUUUAUUAAUAAUAUAAUUAUAAUGAAAAUAACACUUACCUAGUGCUCACAAACAUUAGCAAUAAUUCCUUGAGUAACCUUGCAAAGUAGGUCAAUGUUAUUUAUCUAUAUUUGCAGUUUGGUGACUAAGAGAAAGAAUGGUGACUUGCCCAAGGCUACGAAGGGGGCAGCAGGGUGGAUUGACUUUAAAUCAUGCCAACUUAAAUAAUGGAUUUUAAACCACCUAGAAAGACCAUUUUUAAAAUAUUGAUUUUUUUACACCGCAAGAAGGUGAACCAUUCACAUGUCACUUACAUACCAAUAAGUUUCUACAACAAUGAAACAUAAUGGUUUGCUUCUAAUUAGAACCUUUAUACAGCCUAGUAGCAUAAUCUGCAUUUUGUUGUCAUUGAUCGUGUGUCCUACCUGCACAGCAAAAUCAUAUCUGCUUAGAACCAGACCUUCUGCUUAGCUCUGUGGAUGUAUGCAAGGAUAGUAGGCAACAUGCAUGGGAUUGGCCUGUAAGUGUGGUACUUCCAAUUGCACAAAAUUAUGUUUCCCUGUUAAAGGGAAAGUCACUGUGUACGUUGCUUUGUUUAUAUGAACAUUUGUGACUAAGUUGAGUUCUGAACAGAUUGCAGAAUCUAGAUAGUUGGAAGGCAUAAAGUAGGAGUAUAAGAUCACCCAUAUGGAAUAUGAAUAACAGAUAGGCUACUUACAAGAAUUUUCUAAAGUUUAAAGAGCGAGUUUAAAGUUUAGAGUUUAAAGUUUAAAAAGAGGAGAGGUAUCAGAUUAUACUAUAGAUUGGUUUCAGUACUUCCAGGUGAACAAGUUAUUUUAAAUAAGUUAAAGAAAAGGGAUUUGGGGAAAUGAAUUCGGAAUUUGAAAAAAUUGUAAUAGGAAAGGAUGCGAAACUGAUUUCUAAGAUUUAUAAACUGUUAUUGGAGUGGGAAACUAAAGACAAAAUGGUAAAGGUGACAAUGAUUAAAUGCGCUAUAGAUAUUGGUGAUAAUAUAGAAAUGUCAGCGUGGGAAAAACUAUGGGGGAGGACUAUGAACUUCUCUGCCUGCUACCUUAUUAAGGAACAUUUACAAAAGAUGAUGUAACGGUGGUAACUUGAAACCCAGCAAAGUGGUUAAAACGUACAGAAAAAGGUCAAAUGUAUGCUGGAAGUGCCACAAGGUACAGGGAACCCUGAUCCAUAUGUGGUGGUUGUGUAAAUAUGCUAGAGAAUACUGGGAGAUUCCAUUAAAUAAAGGAAGAUUUAAGACGAAAAUUGGUGGAAUAGCAGAUUAUGCAGCCGACAAAAGACUACCUAGAAUGCCAUGGAGAGAUGGACGGAGAAGUCUGAGGAUAAGAGAUAAUGAUGAGUAUUGUAUGGUGUAUAUAUAAGUUGUAUAAAUGCAUAUAUAUAUAUAAUCACCCAUAUAGGCUCUGUGGAUGAUUCUAGUGAUAUUCAGAAUACAGUGGUACCUCGCAAGACAAAUGCCUCGCAAGACGAAAAACGCGCAAGACGAAAGAGUUUUCCGUUUUUUGAGUCGUUCUGCAAGCCGAAUUUCCCUAUGGGGUUGCUUCGCAAGACGAAACGUCUUGCGAGUUCUUGCGAGUUUGUUUCCUGUUUCUUAAAGCCGCUAAGCCGUUAAUAGCCGCUAAUAGCCGUGCUUCGCAAGACGAAAAAACCGCAAGACGAAGAGACUCGCGGAACGGAUUAAUUUCGUCUUGCGAGGCACCACUGUAGCACCCAUUGAAUCAUAGUGCUAACCUCAUUCCAGUGCCUGUAAACAACUCAUUUCUAUGUUUUCCCUUGCAGAGUGAUCCAGGCAACUGGUCCGUGCUGGAGCAGCUGGGCCUGGACCAGAGCUCAGAUUUCUCAGACACCAGUGUACAGCAGAAGCUGGAUGAAGAAAAGGAGAAGAUUAAGCGUGAGAUUCGAAAAGAACUGAAGAUAAAGGAGGGAGCAGAAAACUUGCGCAAGGCAACCACAGACCGUAAGAACCUCUCCAAUGUGGACAACUUGCUCAAGAGUUCCAACCGCAAGCUGGAGGCCCUGCACCACCAACUGCAGGAUCUCAAUGCACAUAUUGUCGUCAAAGACCCUGAAGAGCUGGGGGGUAAGUGUGUGCAAUGGAUGGGUGGGAAGUCAAGGGUCAAGUGCUAUGAGGGAGCCAAAAAGCAAGCAGAGAUUUAGGGCGAAGAUGGGUAGGAACUGAUGAUAGGGUGCACAAGCUUUUCUUAGGUAUUGGUGGAUUUAAGUCUGUCUCUGGCUUCCUGACGAUUUCAGCUGGCAAGCGUUUAAAGAACUACAGGGAGGGUUGUUAAAUUGUGUUGGUGAGCUUCCCUUGAUCGAGACAUAUAAAAUCUUUUAAACACCUCUAACAGUGACCAAAUCUGUGACUUUACUGGGCAAUGUGUGCACUUUCCCCUAGUUUGGUGAGAGGCAUUUAAAAGGAAAUGGCUGGUUUAGCGAAAGCUGUGCAUAGCUAAGUUAAAGAAGUCACUCAUAUAAAACAGGACUGGUGUCAUCUACCUGCACUUAAGAAUAAUUUUGUGACAUAUAGAAUAGGAUAACCCAUCCUGAAUGCAAAUUAAGAACAGAUCUUCCAGUAGGCUUCUGUACUGGGAAUAAGGGCAUUUAUUCUUAGAAUUAUAUCAGUAUCAAUACAUGAAAAAGCAAUUUUAAAAAAUCUUUUAUAAAAAUGUGGGAACUGCUUUAAAGUGUGAAAAGUGUCUCUCUUAUCCCAGGGUACAUUCUUCCAGAGUGUGCAGCAUCUUAUUUGGCUAUACUUUGAAUGUUUUAAGACACUAACAAAUUCUGCAAAAAUGGGUUGUCCCUUCAAACAGUAUACAUUGAGGCAUGUUUUGCUGAGUCAGGAGCUGUAGCCCUCUCCUUUUAUUAUGCAAGAAUCAUUAUAAUAUGACAAUUUUAAUUUGUUUUGAUGAAGAUGACUGUUAGCCUCUUUGUGUAUGUUAUAGAAUAGCAAGCUAUAACCUGCCAUUUAUUAUUAUGUAAUAAUAACCAUUCAGAUUAGGCUUACUUCAGCUACUAUUUUUGAAAACUUGCACAUUUCACCUGCAUUUUGUUUUGGGGGAAAGUUCAGAAUAUAGAAGUGAGUAUUAAUAAUUCAGUUAGCUUCAUAUUUGGCAUUGGAGAAACAGCUUUCCACAUGUUGCUACCUACAGUUCUUGAAUGUUCAUAAAACCAUCAACAAAGCUGUGAAACUGUGUGUGUGUGUGUGUGUGUGUGUGUGAGAGAGAGAGAGAGAGAGAGAGAGAGAGAGAGAAAGAAAGAAAGAAAGAACUCAUUUGAGCUGCCAGGCAUUGUUUGUUUAAAAACUGUUCCAAAUAGAUCCACACCCUAGCCUUUUGGCACCUUUGUAUGGUAGAGGAAACUUUACACUUUGCCAAUCCUGUUUGUAUGCUCCUCCCUACCUGCCUGUUCCCAGCCCCUUUUUCCUAAUAAGCACCGGCUAUGCCAGUCUCCAGAUGUGGACAGUCACUAACAGAGCAGAAACUUGGCAGCUGGCCUGUGCAUGUGGAAGGAAGCAUUGGGGAAUAAGCAGCAGCAGGGAGAGGGAACAUCCCCAAACCCCUCCGUAUGAAGCAAUCGAAAAAAAGGCACAGUGGAGCCCAUGGAGCACACAGGCAGAACCUUAAAACGUCAAGGCGCCACUACCAUUCCAAGAUAGCUUGUUACAACGAUGGGGCUGCACCUUAUGGAGAGGCAGCGGCCUGUGACUUUGCAAAAGAGGAAGCGGUUGCUGUUGUACCUGACUCCACCGUCAAGCACAGGCCACAAAAAUGGGGAGGAGGGGGGAGAGCCUGCAUAUAUAUAUAUAUAUAUAUAUAUAUAUAUAUAUAUAUAUCUGGGCUAGAAAGCCUGCAGGGCUUGGGUGUGUCUGUUUCCUUUUUGCUUGGAGACUGUAGGCUCAGAGCCCCCUGCAAACCAGAGGUCAGAAAAGAUAAGAGUUCUGGAUGGGCCACUGUCUAAGCCUGUCCUCAUUCAGCCUGUGGGUUGUAAUGUGGUGCUGCUGACAACACUUCAAGUGUUCUUUCUAACCAAGUGCUUUGUAAAUCUAGGAUUUACUCAGUGGUGUACUGGCUUAGAAGAUCUGAGCUGCUCUCUUUUUUUCUAAAAAGGAUUCAUUCCAGUUGGCUUGCUUUACACUACAUUGCACAGCAGUGAAUACCAAGCAGUUCUGGCAGCCUUUCUCAAGAACAGGCCCCCAAUCUUAUAGUCCAUUCUUUGUCUCUGGGAGAGAGAGAAAAGCACUAAACUGGGAGUGUUGGGACCGCAGCAUUGCCUAAUACUAGUUCCACAUGAUGUCAGCUAGGGUCCAGAAUUUAAAGUGCCAAAGUCUGAAUACGGCCUCUCUUAAAAGCCUUUGACCUAUGUAUUCAGUGAAGAGUUGUCUGCCCUGACAUGGAUGUUGCACAAAAUACAUAUAUUAUUGUUUAUGCAUCUAAUUGUAUGCAACUCUUUCAUAGAUUAAAUCACACUCAAAUGCAGUAGACCAGACCUGUAGAAGUUUCUCUGGAUCCAGGAACAUACUAGAUACUGGUUAACUGAAUUCAGCUUUUUUCUGCAGUCUGUCUCAUUGGCAAUCUGCUCUUGGAUAGAAAACAUAAUGAGGGAAUCCUCUUACUAGGCUUGACAAAGCAUCCUUUGUAUAACUCUUUAUAUUUAGUAUUUAAAUGACAACUUCUUUGUAACAAAUGGCCCUUUGGUUGAAACAAGUGAAUUUGUGUUUUUAUAUAAUUUGAAUAGAAUUCAGAAAGAUUUCAACGUGCUCAUACUGAUCAAAGUAACAAUAAGCAAUGACACAAUAUAAAGCAAUAUCUUUUUAAAAAAUGCAUUCAUAAAAUAAUACUAAAGCAGCAAAAAGGAGAUGUUAUUUGCUGCUGCUUUAGGUUUUCCUAGACACUAAAAUCCUGAGUACACUCACAUUUUAGCCUGGUACUUAAAACUCACCAAACUGAGCACAAAGCAAGUAGCUCUGGGGGUGGGGAGUAUUCCAGAGUUGAGAGACCACCUCUGAGAAGACCUUUCCCUCCUUGAGGUAACCUGGACCUCAUGAUUUUAAUGGUUAAGAAGCAGUGCUUUGAAUUCUGCCCAGAAAGGGGCAGCACGUAGGUACAGCAGCAUGAAAAUGGGCGAGAUAUCUUCUCCAAACAAGUAGACUGGCUGAUGCGUCUUAUUCUGUGCUGAGGUCCAGAAACCUCUAAAGCAGAACACAAUCUAAAUGUGCUCAUUGGCUUGAUUCAGUCUUUUCCCCAGUGCCUCCUGGGGGGUUACGGAUUCCAAGAUGCCAAUGAGCCAGGAUGGGCAUAAAGAUGUGUACGGUAUGCAUUCCUUUGCAUGCUCUUGAUGGUCCCUGCUACGUGAUGCCAGUUCCCUACCUGCUAGCUCAUGUAUUUGGAUGGUUCCCCUGAUAGUGGUGGUCUGGGAUUUGUGCCCUCUUGGCAUUAACCACUUUACUGUCUUCCCAGAUGCCCCACAAUCGCCAGGCAGCCUGAGCCGAUCAACAGCUACCAAGAACCGCAUUGCUGGCCUGGAGAAGCAGCUCAAUAUUGAGCUGAAGGUGAAGCAGGGAGCAGAGAACAUGAUACAGAUGUAUGCCAACGGUGCUGCCAAGGUAUGUGGAUGUCGCUGGCAGGCUGCCUCCUCUCCUGCCCUGAACUUAGCUAGUCCCUACAUGCUCAUCCACUAAAAUGCAAAUAUACCAGCAAAGCUGCCAGAUGCAGAGCUAGACCAUUGGUCAACCUAGCUCAAUAUUGUCCUUUCUGACAGACAGCAGGUUCUCUCCAAGUUCUUUGGCAGAAAGCCUUUGCCAUACCUGCUACACAAGGUGCUUUGAACUAUGCAAGUAUGCUAGCCUUCUCUCCUCUAGCUGUUCAGGCAGCCCUGUUCAGGGAAGUUUUUAAUGUGUGAUAUUUUAGUGUUUUUUGGUUUCUAUGGAAGCCGCCCAGAGUGGCUGGGGAAACCCAGCCUGAUGGGCGGGGUACAAAUAAUAAAUUAUUAUUAUUAUUAUUAUUAUUAUGCCUCUUGCUUCCAGCAAAGGCAGAAUGGCAGGCUAGUUGCAUGUAUAGCUGCAAAAGAGGGAAAGUUCCUAGAUAAUGAUAUCAGCAGGUAAUUCCUGCUGGUCCGUGUACAUAUUUCCUAUUAUACCUGUAAACCUUUCUGAGUAAACUCUUCUGCUAUGGCUGUAUGUCUUACCGUUAGCUGCAAAAAACAUCUAAAUAUAGUUGCUCUAUUAAGCAGUGCCGCAUACGGUUGCACCAGGAAAAUUUUGGUCCAGAUAUCACAUGCAGUUACACAUUUUCAUAUGAUCUCGUCCUUGGGACCAAGAUGGCAACAGUUGACUGAACUGAUAUGAAAAUAACAUUUUUGUGCAUCUGAACUUUUGGGGGAGGCAGGCGCUUCUGUGGAUGAUUUUGGCGUCUUUGUUAUCAGAUUCUCAGGACUGAAAACAAAAAGAAAAAGUUGGGUGGGAUUCAAUGUAGUGAAAGGCAAACAUUCUGUCAGCACAAGGGUUUCCUCUCACUGAACAGAAUGUCCCCGUCCCCCAUGCAGUUCAAAACUGUUCUAAGGAUUCCCCAACCCUCUGGAGCAGAUCUGGGGACAGGGUGAGGCGCACUUGGAGGAAGGAAAUGAGGGACAAUCCAGUUGCUCCGCUCGCACAGUUAUUUAUUAAAAUAACACCUUCACAAUUUCUGUGAUUGGGUUUUCUGGUUUACAAUAUUCACAUCGGAAACCACUUUUGUUGAGGAAGAAGACUGGUUACUUAAAGGGAUUUUGUAGCUGCUUCUGUUUUGAGGCUUACCCCGUAGACUGGAUGCCUAGGAUGUGGUUCAGUAUGCAGAAGAAUAGAACAUGAUACCUCCAGGUUUAGGAAGCAUGGGGGUGUGUGAGGGGGUGUUUUCUUCUGUUAUGGCUAGGGACUGAUGCGCUGAGAGCCAGAUGGGCAGGCUUUGCCCUUGGAUUGGGAUGCAUUCUAAUGACUAAUUCUCUCCUGCCGUCCCUGCUAAUCCCACCCCCACCUGGCCUGCCCUCUAGGAUCGGAAGCUGCUGCAGACAGCCCAGCAGAUGCUACAGGACAGCAAGACCAAGAUCAAUAUAAUCCGCAUGCAGAUCCGCAAGGCUAUGCAGGCUGACGAGGUGCAGCUGAAUAUGGAAGAUGGGCAAGGUGAAGGGGAGGAUAAAAAAGAAGGUCCCUGUGGCCGGCAGGCUGCUCUGCAAAAACCAAUGUCCCUUUCUCCCACCUUUUAACCUUUAAAGAGCCCUUCGAGAGCUGGAGAAUGUCAGGAGCUCAUCCUACCCUCGAGUAGAACCCUGGCAGAGACACAUGCCUGACUGGCAUGUUCCCUCCCUCCUGGUUGAUCGUUUGGGAACUUCAAAAGCUUUCUUCAGCCCAAACAUCACAGCGACUGAUGCCAACAGACACUGGCACACUUAGGGAUCUGUAGAGUCUUUGCAGCUUGCAUAACAGACCUCAGCAACUCAGCAUUUUGGCUAAUCUACUUUAUUUACAUAUAAACACACAUGGAGCACUGCAACAUGGCUCCCCCUCUCUCUAGCAUCAGACAGCAAAGAGAAAAAGAACAAAAGACAAUAGUCCCACUUCAUGGAACACAGUAACACAAACAUCCUGUCUCCGUCACUUCCCACUCUGUGGAGUCAAAACAUCAUGUGAUAAGACAACAAUCCUAUGACUGCAGUCACGGAGCAGGAAUUCUAACAGAGAAUGCUCCCUGGAGCAGUUUGAAUAACCUCCACCUGGUGCUGGGGAAACACCCCCCCCCCCAUUUCCUUGUGCCUGGGAUGCAUGUGUUCUGGGUUCCCUCCACAACUAAUCCUGCCAUCUGAUGCAGAUAGCAGAUGCCUGACGCCCAUCCUGUUACUUGCAGGUAACACUGACCUGAGCACCAUCGAGUUGAGGAUCGAAGAGCUGCGGCACCACUUCCGGGUGGAGCACGCUGUUUCCGAGGGGGCCAAGAAUGUGCUGCGCCUUCUGGGCUCCACCAAAGUUCAGGACCGCCAUGCCAUCUCCGAGGUAAUGGGCACUUCGUUCAGCUGGGGGGGAGGCGGGUCUCAUAAGGUCUGAUUAUAUACACUCACACAUACGUAUGCAUAAUUAUAAAUGGUUUGGGAAUUGUAAACGGGUCCUUUCUCUAGGACUACUAUAAGCAGCUAAUAGGGUUGAAAUCAGCCAAACUCCUCUCCCCAUUCCCCCCACCCUGGCUUAGGUUUCCUCUUGCAGCAUUCACUAUUAAUGAAGCUGUCUAGGGGAAACAAGCAGACCAUCUGUUUGUCACAGAGGUUGUGGCAGGUAUCAUAAUUUGCAGAGUCUCCAUAAGCAGAGCCUGGCAGGAAUCCGAGAUAAGUUAAAAGGUCUGGGACAUCUACUUGUCCUUCUUGACUGUUCUAUGGUUCCCUAGCCUGUGACCUGUUGCAUCCAGUUCUACUUGCUGCUGAAAUUAGGAGUGGGUGGGUUACUGAGUCACCCAGCUGCAAGCUAUGCUACUGAGAUGUGACUUGGGAUGUUUGUGAAUUAAUGAGUACUGUGCCUCCGUGUCAUCAUUCAUAUCCCAAGAAGGCUGUGGUAUUAGUACAAGGUUGGGAAAUGGGGUGGCGGAUGAAACGCCAUCAGUGCCAUGUGUAGGAUGUAGCCAUAUUUGUCCCUGGCCGUUUUAGGCACAGACCAAGCUGAACGAGUCGAGCCAGAAGCUGGACCUUUUGCGGCACUCCCUGGAGCAGCGUCUAGCCGAGCUGCCUCAAGAUCACCCAAAGGGCUGCCUCAUCAAGGAAGAGCUCAUCCUGGCAUCCUCCCCGGCCUUCAGUGCCCGUAAUACCACUUCCUACCAGCACAACCAAUACAACACCCUCUCAAAGCCAUCUCCACUCACAGGUAACUGGACUUAGCUUUGCUUGGGGUGCCUCCAAAGCCCUCGCAGCUCACCACUGCUAUUUUUUGGCGGGGUUUUCUGCAGUAUUCAGCACUGUCCACUCCCUAAAUGCCCCAGGGCUGUCCAUAGUUAGCACCUCUCUAAUUUGCGCAAGACUCCUUCCUCACCUCACUCUCCUUUCCCAUACCUUAGUAGUGGGAGAAACCUUGCUCUCUCAAACCCUUGAGAAGACUCCAGGGAGUUAUGGCUGCUCUGCUUUGAAUGCUCCUGAGCAGGGCCUUCUGGACCUUCCCCUUUGAGCUGUUGUCUCUCUUGUUGAUAGGGAUGCUGGAAGUGCAGCUGUUGGGCUGCAGCGAGCUGUUGGAAUAUGUCCCAGGACGCACCCGUGGCUCCACCGUCUCCCUGCCGUGCAACAGCCCUGGUGAAGCACGGCCAUCUUUCAUGAGCCGCAGCGGGCGAGGCCUGUACAGCCGAAGUGGCAGCGUAAGCGGCAGGACCACCAUCAAAUCAGAAGAUAAUAGCAGUGAGUAAUGUGGGGGCGGGGCGGGUUGGCAGGCUCUAAAUUGGGCGAAGGGUCAACUGGAAGAAGGGAGACCUUCUAGCAUAACUAGUUCCACGUGGGGGAUCUGUGGUCCCUUUCUUUGUCUCAGCCAACAUCAGGUGGAAUCCUUCUACUCUGUUUUUUCUCAUUCAUCUCUAAUUUAAGAGAUUUUAUUUUUAUUUUAUAAAUUGUCCAGUAGCACCUUAGAGACCAACUAAGUUUGUUCUUCAUAUAAGCUUUUGUUUGCAUGCACACUUCUUCAGAUACACUCAUAAGAGAUUUUGUUUGCUGUGCCAUCAUCUGCUGAAAAAUGUCAACAUUAAGUUGGGUAUCGGAAGACGCAUUUCUUUUCUCUGCUGUCCUUUUCCUGGUACCUGACAUGCUGAGUGUUUGGGCACACACCCUGUUUCCUGCUUCACUUUUUAAGAGUUAACACUUCUGAACUUGUUCCCCUUUCUUACUUGCUGUCUGUCGCUUUUCCAGCUUAUCGGUACUCUUCCUCUUGCAGAUGAGGUGAGUGCUGUGCUGAAGCUGGAUAAUGUAGUUGUCGGCCAGACAGCCUGGAAACCCAGCGGCCUACAAGCCUGGAACCAGACUUUCGCAGUGGAGCUGGAGAGGGUAUGUGGAAAGAUGCAUCCUUCCAUGAUGUUCCUGGUUGGGUCACCAGUUUUAUAAUGGAAAAAAGACCCCUGCGUUUGCUAUCCUUUUGGGAAAGGAAUGGAGGGUGGCAAUCACAUGCAUACCUACUUAACUUGCUGUUGGCACCCUCUUCUCAAAUAACACUCCCAAUGUCAAAUUAUAACUUUGUGGAGGAACAAGAGAGUCUAUCAGGACUCAUACACUGAUAUAAAAGAGGAAUUUUGUUCAUUUGUGCAUCUCAAGGACAUAGCAAGUGUCAGUAAGAUUCUUUGCUCUUCGUACUCAUCAAGCAGUAGACUGGUCAGCUAUAGCUCUGGCACCUUUUGUGUCGUAUUGCUGAACUGUGCUUCAUACAGAGAAAGGUGGUGAAGGUGUGUUGUCCCCCAGUGUCAGUUUUGAUUGAGCCUUGGUAUGGCAGUUGUGGGUACAAUGUAGAGUCAAAGCCAAUAAGCUGCUGCCUUUUUUUAAAAAAUGGAUUAUUUCCCUUCCUCUCAGGCACGAGAACUCGAGAUUGGUGUGUACUGGCGUGACUACCGCAGUCUCUGUGCCCUGAAAUACCUGAAGCUGGAGGAUUUCCUUGACAACCAGCGCCAUGAAAUCCACCUGGAGUUGGAGCCACAGGGCAUUCUCUUGGCAGAGGUAAUAAAAAAGAGCCACACUGGGCAGAACUGGGAUCUGAACAUCUAGAGAUCCAGCAAGUCAGAUUUCUUAGCAGAAUACUCUUAGAUAAAAUGGGAAAUGCCAAAACACAAGAGUUAUCUGAUAAUAGCAGAAGAAAUACAACCCCAUUUUCGCUAUCAUUUUUGUGAAUAUUAAGAAAGUCCUCAAAAUAAUUCCUAUUAUUAUUAUUCCUUCUAUAGAGUCUAAGCACUUGUCCAGUGUACUGCUAACAUGCAGCCCUUUGUAAAAGUGGAAGUUUCCUAUAAGCAACAAUACAUUCUCCCUAUAUUGGCAGAAAAAACCCGUGCUUUGUUAAUCUCUGUUUUUUAUUUAUUUAGGGUUAAUAUAUAUAUAUAUAUAUAUAUAUAUAUUCUGGGAAUUUCCCCUGUUUGGUAUUUAAUCAUAUCUUCCAGAAUAUUUUUCUCAAGUGAACAUGGGUGUCACUGUUUCACGUUGCUGGAUUGCAACCAGCACAAGCCUUGCACUGAAUUUUUAAAAUUGUCUACAAAAUUCCAAAGCAGACUCUUUAAGUUGCCUAUGGAUUUUAAUGUUGGUCCCCCCCCCCCGCCAUCUAUAAAGUGCUUUGAUUUGAUCAUUAGGAAAAUGCAGUUUACCUACAACAAAAGCACCACUUUGAGAAAAUACAUUUAGCAUGUGUAUGGUUACUGUGAACAUGCACAAAGAAAUCCACCUGGAAAGGCUUUGUUCUUUUUCUGAAGCAUUGCAUCUCAUUUGGAUGCUAAAAUAUGGAAUAUUCGUUACAGGGACAAUCAACAGACUGCUAUCUUUUUCAGUGCCAAUUCAAUUCCUGUGGGAUAGUUUCCUCCCACAAAGAUUUCAUGUUGAGAAAAAGAAGUCAAAGCACCCCCAGCUUCUGUUUUGUCUCAUUUUGACAGGAUGAAAGAAUGAUCUCCAAACCAUUUAUUCCAGCCUGGAAACAGUGUUGGUGAACCCUGAAUUAGCAUGGCGUUAGCAAGGAGAUAGAUGUUGCCUCUCUAUAGGUUUUCGGUGCACUGCCAAAACCCUUUUUAUUUCAGUGAGCUGUCAGUGUGGUUUAAUGCUUUUAGCUCUUUGCUUUUAAACUUGUUUUGACCUGCUCUUAAUUAUAUGGUGCUGUUCUUCAUAAUCAUCAGAUUGUCUCCAUUGUAUUUGUUUUGAUAUGUUAUUAGUAACUUUGUGAGCCACUUUGAAUUUAUUUGUAAAGAAAAUCAGGGUAGAAAUUUCUAAAUACAGUGGUACCUCGGGUUAAGUACUUAAUUCGUUCCGGAGGUCUGUUCUUAACCUGAAAAUGUUCUUAACCUGAACUUUAGCUAAUGGGGCCUCCUGCUGCCGCCACACUGCUGGAGCAUGAUUUCUGUUCUCAUUCUGAAGCAAAGUUCUUAACCCGAGGUACUAUUUCUGGGUUAGCAGAGUCUGUAACCUGAAGCGUAUGUAACCUGAAGCGUAUGUAACCCGAGGUACCACUGUAAAACGAAUGUUGUAGGGAUCUAAGGCCUUACACUCUUACACUGGUACUUAUGGAGCUCUGAUUUUUCUGACAGUGCUUGGCUGUCCCUGUUUUCAUCCUCAUGACAGGGCUGGGCAGUGGGGAAAGAUUUAAGUUUCCCACUGUGAUGGGAAAAAAGCUGAGGCUGGUGACAAGACUCUUGGGCUGGGGUAUUGUUUAGAUCAGAGCUUUCCAAACUGUGUAUUGCAGCAUGUUAAUAUUUCGGCUGUAGUCGGUGUGUCACAUGAAUGCUCUCCACGUCCCUCCUGGGGCUGGAAAUGGGUUUGUUUAACCUUUGGUUUGCUAGUAAAAUUGAAUUACUGGGUCACGAAAUGAUGUGUGUCUAAAGAGUGCAUCACUGACAUGGAAAGUUUGGAAAGCUCUGGUUUAGAUGGUUUUGUGUUAUUGAUAAUAAUUUUUCAUAUAUUUUUAGAUCUUACUAUGAUUUAUAUGGAAAUGGUUCAGUUUCGUUGUGUUCUUUCUGAUGAGUUUUAUUUAUUGCUUAGGACUACUUUUGUUAUGUUUGUAAUUCUGCAAAUGUUUUCAUGUUGUAAGCCACUUUGAGCAUGGUUUUUACUAUGUAAAGGUGGCCUACAAAUAAAAUGAUGAUGGUGAUGAUGAUUUGCACAGAUCACCUGAUGGGAGUGUGCACGCCUCUGUCCGCCUGCAUGUAUGUAGUGUACAUGUGUGUGUUCAGGAGUGUGGGAAGGCCACACCCAGCACUGGCCUAGCAGCCCCUGGAGUGGUUGCCCUGGGGCUGCGAAAGGCUAAGCCCCGCCCUCCUGCUCCAAGGUGGAGACGUCUUCUAUCCCAUUCUAUGUGGGUGUGCUUUAUAACCUACCCUAACGGCCUCAGCCCUGAGGCUCUUUUUGCAGGAGUGUUCAUAGCAGAAAUUAUCACCCAGUGUGCAAACUCACCCUUGACUAGCUUAUGUCAUUUUCCCCUGCUGCAGGUUACCUUUUUCAACCCUGUCAUCGAGCGCAUACCCAAGCUCCAGCGGCAAAAGAAGAUCUUCUCCAAGCAGCAAGGUAAGGGUUGGGUGAAAACGCCAAAAGGGCCGGCAGCAUCUUCGCCACCCCAGCCUUGCCUGGUUUUUUUAGGUGCUUUCUUAACACACAUUGUAGAAGGAUUGAUUGAAUCACUCAUCCUUCUGCCAACAGCUUAGCUCACAGGUAGCCAUUGUUGUGCCCUCCAGGUGAAUGAUGGGAGUUGUAGUCCAGUAGCAGCACAUUGGGUAACCCUGGGUUAGUUUGGGAGAAGAAAACAAGCUGUGUUGCUGACUACGUACAGUGGUAUCCGCCUAAGGAGUCCUAUCAGCGCAAGCCUUGUGUGAGGGCUUCCACAACGUGGCCUUCCCCUCCUAUCCUCCCAUAGCUGUCAAUUUUUCCCUUUUUUUAAGGAAAAUUCCCUUAUUCCGAAUAGGAUUCCUCACAAGAAAAGGGAAAAGUUGACAGCUAUGUAUCUUCCCCUGGCGCCCCAUGAAAUUGACUUGUGGGGUUUCUCUCCCCCCCCCCCCCGAAACAGUGCAUGGGGGAAGGAGGAGAGGGAGAUCAUUCUGACUGGCAAGCUUCAUUGUUUGCAUUGGCAGGAUGUGCACCAUAGUGCAACAUUGAACUCCACCCACAGUGUCAUAAUUUAGUGACAAGUAGGUGCAAUCAGAGUUCCUUGUGGGGUAUUGUCAGGGGUGGAAGUUUGAUAUGACAUAUUAUUUAAGAAGGAAUGUUCAAGUUGCUCUUACUGGCACUUGGAAAUGGGGAUGGGUCUAGUCAGAAAUCCUUCAACACUUCAGGAAAAAACUCCCUUGCACAACUAGGUCAGAAAAGGGUUGGAACCCCCAUCGUCUUAUAGUCUUAGGAACUAUCAUUUAAUACUGCACUGCAUGUAAAUGUUUCUUUCCAUAAGCUGAUCACAUCAUCCUGGUAGCAUUAUGUCCACUUACAUGUAUGUGGUCUCAGUGAGGGGUGGUCUUCCUUCUUUAUGGGUACAGGCACUACAGGGAAAGAGAAUGAUACUGGUAACACUAAUCAUGUGUGUAUAUAUAGCAUAGUUCAAGGUUAAAAGCGCUUCACUACAAUAUCUUAGUGAUCCUCACAACAGACCCGUAAGAGAGGACAGUGGCACUCUUGUAUGGCAUAGGGCUGGAGAUGAGAGGAUAGUGGCUUUCUUAAGGCCACAUAAUAAGCUUGCAGCUAAAGUGAGAUUUGAACCAGAUAUGUCGCUGCUCACUUUCAGCCUGUAGGCUACACCAGCUCUCAAAACAGCUGUGUUAUCACAUGGAGGGUUUGGUCUCGGCAUGAAUACCUGUGUUUAUGUACAUACACAAUAUGCUUAAAUUUGGAAGGUAUUAACCACAGGUCUUUCGGGAGAGAGAAGCGUUUCAUGACUACAUUGUUAAAGCACUUGCAUUAAUGAAGGCAGGUCUGAGGACCCCCCUUCACUAUAAAAUGAAGUAUUUUGUACAUUUCAGUCGUCACCGCUAAUUGCUUGUGACUAACGAUUCUUGACUUGCUGGCUUAAUGCUUAUUUAUAAAAUAAUGCCUUAUUUAUAAAAAAUUCCUUUCCCACCUUUCACCAUGUGAUUCCAGAGCUGGUUACAACAAUAUGAUACACAAUUAUAAAGACAAAUAAAACUGUUGGGGAUCAUAUAAAACAAGUAAAGCCAUUCCAAAUGGCUAGAACCUGGGGCCACCCAGAGAAUCUGAUUGAUUCAGAAGAGAACAGAUUUCUUCAUUACACAACGUUAACCUGUGGAUGCACUCCCAUAGGAUAUGGUGGUCGCUUUGAAAGGGAAUUAGCCUUGUCCUCAGUUUGUUUGGCAGUCAGCUGCUACUAGGUAAGGGACCCCUGACCAUUAGGUCCAGUCGUGACUGAUUCUGGGGUUGCGGCGCUCAUCUCUCUUUAUUGGCCGAGGGAGCCGGCGUACAGCUUCCAGGUCAUGUGGCCAGCAUGACUAAGCCGCUUCUGGUGAACCAGAGCAGUGCACAGAAACGCCAUUUACCUUCCCGCCAGAGCGGUACCUAUUUAUCUACUUGCAGGGGACCGAGCAACGGGAGCUCACCCCGUUGCGGGGAUUCGAAGCGCCGACCUUCUGAUCGGCAAGUCCUAGGCUCUGUGGUUUAACCCACAGCACCACCCAUGUCCCCAGCUGCUACUAGAUGCUGCCCCCAGGUUCAGAGCCAGAAUGCCAGUUGUGAAAACAGCACUGGAAGAAGGCGAUUGUCCUCAUGCGCUGCAUAUGGGAUUCCCUGGGGUUGUCUGGUUGGGCCCUGUUGGAAACAGAAGGCUUGCUUUGAUGCAGCAGCACUCUCAGGGUUUAUGGUCUGACUUUUCUCCCCAAGGGAAAGCUUUCCUGCGCGCCCGCCAGAUGAACAUUGACAUUGCCACUUGGGUGCGACUCCUGCGGCGCAUCAUCCCCACAGCCAACACCACAGGCACUUACAGCCCUUCGACGCAGAUGACCCCAACAUCUGGCUCCGAAAGCAGGCACAGCCUCAACUCUGGGUAGGUGCCCACUAGACUGGGUGGGUAAACAGCCUGUGCAACAGGGAAGCACAAGUUCUUUUAUAUUGUGGCUCCCUUUUUUUUCUUUUGUUGCAUAGGCAAACUCCGGCCCUCUAGAUGUUUUGGAACUACACUUCCCAUCAUCCCUAGCUAACAGGACCAGUGGCCAGGGAUGAUGGGAAUUGUAGUCUCAAAAACAUCUGGAGGGCCGGAGUUUGCCUAUUCCUGGGUUAAGGAAAGAAGGGAAUUUGAGGGGAACGAUACAUUUGAAGGGGCAAUGUUGAGGUACCCCAUUCUCGGUUGGGCACUAGGGUACCACCAGGUGGGUGUUGUUUAGCAUUAUAAGAAUAUCACGAUUGCGCUUGCUCUCAUUUGUGGCUGUGCCAUAGCCAUGCAGUUUCUAGACCCCUUGACAACUUCCUUCCAGGGCCCAGUUCACAAAGCAAUCAGAGCUCCUCCCCUCCCAAUAAGCACUUGCCUUUCUCCAAGACACAGAGAUGUUCUCCUGCAGGUCUAGCUCUUGCCUAGGCUACCUAGAGUGCUGUCAGUGUGAUGCUGAGGCCUGGAGGCAGUGAACUGGGUGCUGCUUGCCUCAGUUUCUUACUCAACUGCAACCCCAUGAUGUGAUUGCCUGGGAUUCUCCAGAAUGGCAUUUUCUCCUUUUCUCCAGGGACAUUGCCAUUGAAAAGCUGAGCUUGGAUGGGGACAGAAUUCAAAUUGAGCAGGUGGGCCAGGAUGACAGUGAGCUUCCUGGGAAGGUCUUGCUGGUAAGUGUCUGUGUUCUUCCCCUUCUUUCAUCUGUCUGCCCGGAAGUUGCUCCCUUGUCCGCUCCUCUGUCAUGAACAGCAGUGAGUUGCCUUAAUCUGCCAUUUGCAGAUGCCUCUAAUUUGUUUGUGUGCUUGUCUCUUCAGACCUCACAAGUUGGGGAGGAGAUUCCCUUCCAGGUGGAGCUGGGCCCAGGAGGGGAGGCAAGAGGAUCUGAUGGUACUUUUCACAGGUAGGGGACAAUCAUCAUUCCCCCUCCCGCUCCACAUUCACCACCUAUAUGCAGAUCCUUGCUCAGCUUCUAUGUCAUAUACACACUACAAUCGCACCCUACCUCCUUACCGUGUUCCAACCCUGCCCCUGCCUCCUAAAGUGGCUAACUUCAGUCUAUACUGCAAUGAAAGCUUAGUUGUGGCUCAUCCCUUGCACAGGUUCCAACAUUUCUUGACCUCUUAUUUCCAGAAGUUACUUCGGUUUGGGAGAUAGCAAACAAUAUAUUGUUGUCUGGGGUGCUUGCCUGGAAUGUGCACAUGCAGAUUUCACAAACCACUGAAGUUUUAAGUGUAACACCAUUGAUAACAUAUGUCUUGCUUCCCCAGCACCUUUCACAGUGCCCAAACUGUGCUGUAUUCCCUGUUGCAGAAAUAGGGGAUUCUCACAUGAGCUGACAUUCAUAGGCCCAAGUGUGGAGAAGCUCAGUGUGUGUGUGUGGUUUUUUGGGGGUGGGGGAGGAGAGAGGUGGGGGGACAGCUUUCUCCAACUUGUUCUUUUUAUCUCACAGCAGCCACCUGAGAAAAAUGCCUCUCGCAUUGGAUGACUUCCGAUUUGUCGCUGUGCUGGGGCGUGGCCACUUUGGCAAAGUGAGUAUUCUAGUAAUUCCUCCUCAAUAUUUCUAGGUAUCUUAUAUUCCUCCAAUAGGUGCAUCUGCUUCCCCCCAUCCUGAUAGGCAUAAGGCCAUCUGCUAGCGGGUGACUAGGGUCUGGAACCCUGGCUCCUCACUUCUGCUUGAACCUCUCCUGAUGUCCUAGUUUGCCUCUUCAGUGUCAGAGAAAUGUUAGGUGCUGGUUUAGACACUGAUCUGUGCUGCCUUUCUUGUGUUCGCCUUGGGCAUAGGUGCUGCUGUCUGAAUUGCACCGCACAGGGGAGCUAUUUGCUAUUAAAGCCUUGAAGAAGGGUGACAUCGUUGCAAGGGAUGAGGUGGAGAGGUGAGUCUGUUCCAGCAGCCAAGGAAAAGCAUGGUUCCAGGGGGGCUGGAGGCCUAUGCCAUAGCAUCUCUAGGCGUUUUUAAUAUGAUUUUGAUGUCAUAAUAGUGCUAGUUUGGGAUAAGAACUGAGCCUGCAUCCCCAUACUAGGCUCUGUUCCUGUUGGCAGAAAGUUUAUGUGUGUAUGCAAGAGAAAUGGUAUUUGUAUGCAGCAGCUGAAAAAGCAUGUAACUUCUCAUGAGGAGCCGUGGGCUCAUGCAACUCCCAAGGUCCCUCAAAGGGGAGGAGGGAGCAGUUCUAGCCAGUUAAAUGCCAUUACUCCAAAGGUGCUGUAACCUCCCAUGCUGUGUCUGUCUCUUUGAUCACUCCCAUGGGAAUACUUUAUCCCACAUGUGCCUGCCUCAAGUAGCAUCAAGGCUCCCCACACCCCACUAUACAUAAGGGUAAAAUGCAUGUAUGCAUUGAAUUGUGUGGGAGUGGGAGCUGGGAAGGGGGCAGUUCCGAUGUGGUAGAUCUCUGCCUUCACAGCUCUGUGUCUUCUCAGUGAGACAUCCAUGCAUGCAUGUGGAUGCACACACACACAAGCAGUGACAAAUGCACAAAUUGCAGCUGUGAAGGCAACAGCCUGUUUUUAGAGUACCAGGCAAUGUGUGGUUGUCGCCCAUCCUGACAUGGUUUCUCCCCCCCCCCUCCAUACUAGCCUGAUGUGCGAGAAGAGGAUCUUUGAGAUCGUCACCCAUGCUCGACACCCCUUCCUAGUGAACCUCUUCGCCUGCUUCCAGACACCCCAGCAUGUCUGCUUUGUCAUGGAGUACACAGCAGGCGGAGACCUCAUGAUGCACAUCCACACGGAUGUAUUCACAGAGCCACGUGCCACGUGAGUUAUGGGUCAGGGAGAGGGAGCCACAGGGCAGACAGUGGAAAGGGGCUAGAGGCAUCCUGAAAGCAUCUUGCCCAUUGCUGUUUUGGGGUCACUUGCUCUCUUGCCAGCACACUGAGAGCCAAUUAGGCAGGGAUGCAGUGGGUGGCGAGUCUGGCUUUCCAGUCCUAUUUACUUUGCCUGUUACUGCAUGUUUCUCUUCUUGAAGCCUUCAUGCAGUUAGUUAGUCAUUGCUAACUAACCAGAGAAGGGCUGGUCAUGGUCUCUCCCUCUCUUGCCCUCUGUAGGUUUUAUGCUGCUUGCGUUGUGUUGGGGCUGCAAUUUCUUCACGACCACAAAAUUGUAUACAGGUAGGUAACGCCAUGUGGGCCACCAUCCUGGUAAAUUCCUCCCCUCCCAGAGUCUCUUCUACACUCUUCCGUGUUGUCAUUUUGCUCUGUGCUUCUUGAAAUGCGUUAUAGCGUAGCAGGGUGUUGUUCAUCUGCCUAUACACGGUGGGAUAAUCGUGGUGUCUCCUGCCAAACAAAGAGCUGUGGAAUACAAUACAGGAUUCCUGUGUUACAGUGCAACUUCAGUUAACCCUGUAUCUCCCUUCGGUGAGGUUGGCUAAUAGUUUCUGCAGAAAGCAGUGGUUCUAUCUGCCUAAAAUUCUCUUGCCCUACAGGGAUCUGAAGCUGGAUAACUUACUGCUGGACACAGAGGGUUUUGUGAAGAUUGCAGACUUCGGCCUCUGCAAAGAAGGUGAUUGUCUGGGGUGAGAUGGAUACCUCCACGGUAGGCAUAGGAUCCUCUAAACUGGGGGUAGUGAACCCACAGCCUGCAGGCUGUAAGAUAUUUUCAUGGCCACAGAGACCAUUCUCCACCCCCACCCCCCUACCCGAUAUUUGACAUUUUCAGGGUUUUCCAGAAUUUGUUAAAGCACAUUUUCCCAGAAUUUUGCAGAUUUACCUUAUGGCCUUGCUUGGAUACAUAGUUAUUGCACUUAAUUAUUUCUUAAGUCUUUGAAGUCCUUAAGCAGCACUAAAACUCCUUAGACAGAGUGAUUCUGCAGCUCUCAGUAACUUUUGUCCCAGGCACUUCCUGUAGCUUCACGCUGACACCUAAUGAAUAGAUAUAAUCUCUGCUAUUGAUCUCGAGAGCAGCCAGAACUUGAAGCUGCAGAAUGCAUAUCUUUUCAUUGGUGCCAAGCUGCAGGAAGUGCAGUAGCACUUCUUCCCUCGCCCCUGCAUUUAUUCCUCUUUUUAUAGUAUACUUUGGGGGGGGGGAGAUAUAUACAUUUGGAUCUGCCAGCCCGUCCCCCCUUCAACUGAGUGUGUGCGUGCCUGCUUUGGGGGGUGUGUGUGUGUGUGUGUGUGUGUGUGUGUGUGUGUGUGUUUGUGUGUAUGCCCCCCAACUCUGUGUGUGUGUGUGUGUGUGUGUGUGUGUGUGUGUGCAGGCUGCUUUUCAUCUUCUCUCCACACCCCCGAGACUGUAUGCACUAUGUGCUCCGUGGGUGUGCACAUGCGUCCAAAUGUAUGUGCAUGCUGGCUUGCAACCCUUGGCCCUCAACCUGAAAAAUGUUGAGCGCUCCUGCUCUAAAUCAAAAUGCAAACAAAGUACAGCCUUGUAGAAAUGAUGCCAGACUAAAACAACUGCCCUGGUAGGCACUAAACUAAUCUACAAUGAUCCCCAAAAGACCUGGAUGGUGGGGAGCAUGCAGAGGGGAGGAAUGGUCUGUUUUGCUUAAGCUUUCUUAGCCCAGUUCUCCACUGUAAUGUGAAAUCCAACAAAUCCUGAAGGAGAAUGUGCUUCAUCUAUCCCUUAUUUCAAAGUCCCCCUCAGAUGUUUCCAGAUGUUUGUCCCUCCCUGGCAGGCACAUUGGUGAGGGAACGUGUUAAUAACCAUUUUCUUUUGCUCUGCCAGGGAUGGGCUAUGCUGACCGCACCAGCACCUUCUGUGGGACUCCAGAGUUCUUGGCUCCUGAGGUGUUGACAGACACAUCAUACACAAGAGCCGUCGACUGGUGGGGCUUGGGGGUCCUUAUCUACGAGAUGCUUGUAGGGGAGGUGAGUCCCACCUGUUUGACUGAGGAAAACAGUGAGUUGAGUGCAAGAGACCAGGAUUUUAUUAUUGGCAAUGAAGCAUAGGAGUGUGUGUGUGGGGUGUGUGUGUGUGUGUGUGUGUGUGUGUAGGUUUGGGGGCUGAGGGGUUGCGCACACAGAGACAGAGAGAGCGUGCAGAAGAACUUGGAUGUUUUGGGUGACAUAUGAUCAUUGGCCCAUCUUGCUCAGUAAUUGCCAUAGCUGCCUAGGAGUCUCUCCAAGUCCCACCUGGCUAGGUCAGGCAUUUAAACCAUUGCAAAGCAAGAUAUUCUCCCACUGAACUGCAGCCGUUCCCAAGGAGGGAUAUUAAAGAGGCCUCGUUCUCCACAAGAGCCUAGGAAGAGCAAGGUUGGAAGUUCUGUGGGCUAGCACUGACUUGAGAAGAGUUUCCUAUACAAGGCCAUGUGAGCCACCUAGGUGUUUUAUUCUCACUGGGGCAUGGGGGGUGGUCCAGCACAGAUGAAAGCGAGGGUGUCCUGGAGUUCAUCCUAAGGGAUGCCCAGAGGAACAGAUCAUCAAUGAUACCCUUCAUCCACUGAUCCUGCCUCGAUUGACUUUGUAGUCCCCAUUCCCUGGAGACGACGAAGAGGAAGUAUUUGACAGCAUCGUCAAUGACGAAGUGCGCUACCCCCGUUUCCUUUCCUCGGAGGCCAUUGGCAUCAUGCGCCGGGUGAGUCUAGGGGCUUUCCCCCCAUUCCGGGCUGGAGGUUCAAAUAGGGUUGGGGGUGGUUCCUACUUAAGGGAGCGUAGGCUGAUAAGAACAAGGGGAGGGUUUGGGGGCCUUGAGCACAGUGGAGCACCAUUCUUUUGCAAAUUCUUUCAACCCACCCCAGGCCGAGCAUGAGCUAAAUAGAGCACACUCUUCUCCGUCGCCCCAGGCUUUGGGAGAGACUGUGAAGGGUAGGAAUAGGUUAAAAGCAGUUUUGCUCACAGGGAAGCCUGGUGCUGAUGAUCUCUCUCUGUUUCUCUCUCCACUCAGCUGUUGCGGCGAAACCCAGAACGUCGCUUGGGCUCUAGUGAGCGAGAUGCUGAGGACGUGAAGAAGCAGCCAUUCUUCAGGGUCAGUUUCUGUCUGUCUUUCUGCUUCUCCCAGAUUCUUCCUUCAGGGUAAUGCUGAGAGAGCCUCUGCCCCGGCUUCUUGGCAUCUAAAAUGCACCCACUGUGGGCCCGGCCUUCAUUGGGACUAUGCGGCAGCCUAAUAUUACAGCCGGGAUGGUGCUUUUGUGAUUACCCCACUUCUUCCAGAGGAAGAAUCUGUCACAGAAAAAGAGCAAGACUUGUGGGUCCUUUUCUGAAUGGCUCAAGCAAAUUUAUUGUGGAGUUUUCAUGGACCCAGAGUCUUGUCUCCAUGCAUCUGAUGAAGAUCACUCGGGUCCUCAAAAGCUGUGAUAAACAUGUUCAUCUGCAAAAGGGGCCGCAUAGCCAUCUCUCUUUCUCAUGCGUUUGUAGUGACCUUGUCUUUGUCCCCAAGACUCAAGUCUGGUUCUUGUCAUGUUAGAGCUGUAAAGGAUUACGGAUACAUUAUCCCAUUAUGUAAAACACUCAAAACACAUGCUGUGUAAAUGAAAAACUCCCAGCAUUGUUAGCUAGCGGUUUUCCUGUCUCAAACCUGUACCAGGGAAGAAGCUGCUCCUUUCUCUGCAUGCACAACAGCAUUCCCUAGUGGUGUGCAAUGGAGCAGCAUGGAGCAUGCACCAUUUGGAAAGCGUGCCCCAGGCCUCAUCCACACUAUACAUUUAAAGCAGUAUCAUACCACUUUUUUUUUCUUUACAAAGUUGUUAUUGUACUUCACCAGAUCUUAACCUAUUACAGUAUAAGUCUUCAAUCCAAUCGUAGAAGAGAGCCACUUUUUUAUUUUUCCAGUUCAUUAGUAUCAGUCUUUUUGCUGUGGUAAGGGCACGGAGAGUCCACUCAUAUUGUCCUUUUGUAAGGUUCCAUGUGCUGGGCAUAUAAUUCAAAAGGAUAUUUUGCUCUGUAAACGUAAGGCUGUUCCGUACAGUUCUGUUGAUCGUUUCAGUUACCUUCUGCCAAAAAUCUUUCAAUAUAGGACACUUGAAAAAAUAUGUUUUAGAGAAGCAUUAUCCCUAUUCCAUCUCCAGCAGUUAGAUACCUUAGAUAGCCCUUUUUUUUAACAAACAUAAGGGGGUCCAGUAUAUUCUAAAUAAUAUUUUUUGUUGUAUGAGCCUCAAUUUAAGGUCCAGAGACACCCUUGUUAUAGCACUUAAAACAGUUUUCCACUGUGUGGUUGAAACUGAGAUCUCCCGUUCUUUAUUCAUUCCUCCCUCAAUCCCUGUAUAUCAAAUUGGUUUGCUAGUAACAAAGAUUUAUAUAUGUUGAUGACUGGGUUCUGUACCUCUUUAAACAGUCAUGGCUCCUCAGGGAAGUGGAGUCUUUAAGGGUCCUGAGAGUUGCUAGGAGACCCCUCAAAAGAUCUACAGUUUCCAGAAUAGUCCAAAAAUCAGUCCCUCUUCCCAGUGAACUCUGGGAAUGGUAGCUCUGGGAGGGGAACAGGGGUCACCUAACAGCUCUCAGAACCCUUAACAAACUAUAGCUCCCACGAUUAUUUGGGAAUAACCAAAGCAAUAUGGUACUGCUUUAAAUGUGUGCUGGUCUAUAUUGCUGCUCCUACUGCAUUGUCCGCUGUAUCAUUCCAGUACCAUGCAGCUUCUCUCACAGCCCUCCAUGGGAUAUUUAUCAAAAGUCCCUGAUGGUUUUCUCUCUGUCCUCUCUUAUCUCCACAGAGCAUUGACUGGGAAGCCCUGCUGGCCCGCAAGAUCAAGCCACCGUUUGUGCCAGUAGUCAAGGGCCGCGAAGACAUCAGCAACUUUGACGAGGAGUUCACAGCCGAAGCGGCUAUGCUGACGCCGCCCCGUGAAUCACGGCCCCUUACCCAAAAGGAGCAGGAUGCCUUCAAGGACUUUGACUAUGUUUCCAAUGCCUGCUAG